CUGCACUGUUUCCAGAGGGUUACUCAGUCAGGCUGACAGGCUCCCUCUUCUGAAUCAAAGGGAGGCAAACUCCAGCAGAGCUGGAGUUGGCAGCUAUCAGCCACCUUUGCAAGUGCUCUGGCAGUGCUCAGUUCACGAUGAUUCAAAUCACGAGGCUGACUUAGGGACAUAAUUUUGGGAGCCUGAACACCUCAGCUGUGUAAGGUAUAGUGUGUGGUUUUUUUUGUUUUGUUUUGUUAUGUUGGGAACAUUUGCUUAUCUCUUCCUCUUGUGUCACUGAGAUUCCCCCCCCCCCCAGGUGAGAUUUAUUGUGAAGAGCUACGUUAUCUAGCCCUGGUGUGGGCUGACUCCCAAUUUUCUGUGGCCUCUCUUUUUUCCUUUACUCGGAUCCCUGUGGUCCAACAGUGUGUUCUAAAAUCACAAAGUAAGAGAGUGCCUAAUUGGUAUUUCUCAGUGGUUGUACAUAACUGCUUUAUUUUAAGUGGUCCUGAAUGGGCACUCUUGACUUGAGAAUAUAAGUGCUUGUCACUUAAACCAAGGACUAUGUAGUUCUACAUUAUUUUCAGGAAUCCCAGCUACCAGCAAGCUUUAGGUAGUCUACUGAGGAAAUGUCCUAUAGUCUACCUGCGGAUACCUCUGCCCAUCCUUAACUUAAUUACAAGGGCUAUUGAAGUUCAUAAUUCCAUCAUCUUUUUUUUCAGAAUUACGAUUAUACUCACGCUUCUGCCUUGUUAUAAUGGCACAUUGUUUCAAAUAUUCUUUCCUAUAACAUCUCUUUAACCGUUGCUCGCAGAAGUAUUACUUGCUUUCUAGCUCUGCUUCAUGUCAUAGGAAAGAAACACAGACUUUUCAAAGGACAGAAUGCUUGAGGGGAAUUUUCAUUUCAUGAUACACAUGUUCAGAAAGUAAUGCCUUUACUGGAUUUUAUUUACUUUUUAUAAGCUCCUUCCUUUUGCAACAAUUUUCUGGAGUUAGAUUUGUAUGAGACGAGAUGAAAGCUGACAUAGAGGAAAUUGUUUCUAAACCCCAACUUUGUCCUUGUACAAUUUUGGUUUCAGGUUUCCAAAAGCAGUUGGCUCUAUAAAAGGAAUGUUUUCCCAGUUUCGAAAACCUGGGUAUUUUUUGCUACUUUAAAAACUUUAUUUUUAGGGAAGGUGUGACCAUCUGCUUCUUGGUCCUGAUGCUUUGAAAAGAUGGCCCUGGUGGUCCCUCCCAAUUCUACAAUUCUGUGAUUCUAUAAUUCUAUGAUUCUGUCUAAACUGCAGAAGCAAACUACUUCAGUUGCUGUUUCCCAUCCCUGCCAAUGGGAGUCUUGUCAGGGGGUUGGGGACCUCUUAGCCUAGAAAUCUCAACACUCCCUCAGUGAAACAGUUCCCAGGAUUAUUGGAGGUGUGUGUAGGGGUGGAGUUUGAAAUGGCUAAAUCAGUUUCAAAUAGGAAUGCUUACAGUAUCAAUGUACCUUGUGGAUGCAGAAGGCGCUUGUCGGAGGAACUAAUACCUCAAGGUCACCUUUGCUUUGCUUAGAAGUAGGAUUACUUGGAUUUCAGUACACCGGCUGCCGCUAAAAGCAUACGCAGUCAUAAGGUAAGUGCUAGAAAUUAUGGGAGUGAUGUGUUUAAAUCGAGCUAGUAUCAGCAUGGUCCUCAUCUUGAAUUUGUAUGCAAGUUAUUAAUAGAAAACUAAGAACAGAAGGAAGGCAGGAAGGCAGACAAUUCAGUGCUCCUUAAGGAAGAUGUAUUUGUUUUUAACAGGUGUAGAUUAUGCUCUGUUUUCCCCCCACCCCAUAAAGACCUGCCUGCCACAAUGCUAAUUUGCAGAGUCUCCCUCUCCUCCUGGCUCCAGACCUUUAUUAAAAGUCUAGUCUACACUGCUAGAGGAAAGGUCUAAAGUUAUUAUUAUGUGCCUUAAGAGCUUAUAAAGUAAAACACGUGAUUAAUAUUUCAGGUUCCCCCCCCCCCAAACUCAUGCUAUCCCAGUUGCUACCUUGUAGUUGACUGAGAAUGCAACCCUGUAUAGCUUUCUACUCAGAAGUAAGCCCUGCUGAGUUCAAUGGGACUUCCCAGCUCACUUUCCCACUGCCUCUUGAGCCUGUGUUUUAUCCCAGUGUGGAUCACAUCUCUGUGGGGCUUCGUGCUCUGAGGCAGGUCAUCCUUAUUCCCUCAUGCUUUUUUAAAGGCUUCUAGACCGAGGGCGACUUUCCAGAAGCCACUGUUAAAGCCUAGAUGAGAUUUGACCUUAUGUUUUAAGCCUACAUAAGCAAACACUCUGCACUGAAGUUGCCAUACCAACUGCCCAGUGAAGAAGCGUAACAGUUCAGCAGGACCUGGGAAUCUGGGAUGCUGUUUCCAGAGGCAGAGGAACUGUGCCUUUGUGUGGGUUGGAAAAAGAACAGGCUCCUUGGAUUGGUAACACUGGAGUUACAGAUCCUCAGCAUCACAAUAUCAAGACGUAGCUUGAUCCAAAGUAUGUUUAAUUAGUAGUAAGUCCUACCGUAUUGAGUCCAGGCUUACUAGUCCAUUUUAGCAUUAUAUAGUCUUAAGGGCAUGAAGAGGCACCGUGACAUUGAAAAUUAAAUAUAAAGAACUAGUGGGCACCAUUCGCCCAAAGCCAAGCACACUUAAAUCCAGUUGGGUUCAAUGCACGGUUAAAACCCGUGGGAUGUGAAAAUGUCACCCUACCCACGGAGUGUGACCCAUGUUCUCCAGUGCCGAUGGGGCAUUUUUGCAAGUGAUGUAAUAAAACCCACACCUUGCAGUCAAGCUUGAUAGUGUGCAACUGGAGGUUAUAAAUGGGGGGGGGGGGAGAGAGAUAUUAACAUGAGCACACAUUUUCCAGCUAAUGCUCAUUUUACAUUCACCUCGCAGAUGCGGGGAAUGCCAAAACCAAUUUAGGAAAACUGCCUCGGAUCCAAGCUCUGGGAAAGUGGAGUCCCAAAGCUAGUAUACACAGGAGAUUACUGAGGAAGUGAGUCCUCCUCUUCUCCUCGGGACUAUAACUGCAGUGAUUCCCUCCUUAUUUUUAUUUGCUAACACCGCCUCCUUCGCUUUCCCCUCCUGCCUAACAAACUCCACUUAUUUAAAGUUUGCCAUUCUUUCAAACGCAGCUUGAUUGCGGUCUGUUAACUCAGAGGCACUAAGUUCUUCCAAAAUAUGCAGACGAAGCAAGGGGAUGGGGGGGGGGCAGAAACAAGCUCCAGGAUGGCAGCCAAAAACUCUGGGAUCUGAGCUAGGCAUUAAAAGACACUGCCUGGAGAACUGCGAGCUACAGACACUUAACGGAGUUAUUUUAUUUCCAAAGUAACACCUGCAGCGUUUAUGAGAUCCUGUUAAGAAGCAGAAGAAAUCUGCAUUAGAAUACAGUGUUUCCUGUAGGAGAGGAAGAAAAAGACACUUACAGGAUGCAGCUCGGCUGCCUAAUGUAUUUAUUGCCAUAUCAUAUAUUAGGCGUUAGCCUGCAGUGUUGUUUCUGUUCCAGACUUGCAGCCAAUUGAUUAGGGAGCUGUUCUCCACGACUCAAGGGACAAAAUAAAGAGUAAACACAAUGGCUGGGUGUCUGGGAACUGACAGUCCUCACUUCAAGGCAAAAGAUGGCUCACGCUGCAUUAGUAACGCUUUGAAACUUCACAAUGUCUGAUGCUGGGUGCUUUUGAAGCAUUGCUGCUAUUUUGGUGUGUGUUUGUGUGCAUAAGAGGAGGUAUUUUCUGUUAUUUAGGCUUCCUGGUAUAAUUUGACAAAACAUACUUUGUAUUUCAAGGGACAUUUACCAGAAACGCAAGGAGACGAGUCCCCUAAUUCAAGGACAUUACAUAUGACCAGAAUGUUCCUUCAGUCUGAGAUUCUAAUCUGUGAACUCUGGUUUUUAGCAUUACGUAUGUUACAGCCGCAUAUAUGCCAUACACUGAAAGGAUGUGACUUCUACCAAAGAAUCCAGGGAACUGUAGUUAAUCCACCACAGACCUACAGUUCACAGCGCCCUUAAUAAACUACAGUUCCCAGGGUUAUUCGGGGAAAGUCAUUGCUUGAGGAGGUGGCCCAAAACGGCAAUCCAAUUUGCCUUUAAAAAUGUGGAUGAGGGUGUGACCAAACUUUGUGAUGAAUGAACUUGAAUUUGGCUCCCAUGCCUGCUAGGAACAGCAUAGAGACUUCGGUUCAAAAUCUGAUUUGAACUUCAGUUCAAAACCCCUUUCUUCGCCUUGCAAAAUCUUGUUCUUCACUUACUCUGCCAGUUACUUUCAUGCCUGCAAAAUAAUAUUGUGUGAUCUCUGGUGUAUUAUCCUAAACUGCUUUUUUGAAGGGUAGAUUUAUUCUUUGAGUUGCUGAUGAGCUCCAGUGCCGUUUUUGUUUCCUAUCCCCUUCUCUAAGUCAUAGAAUUGUAGAACUGGAAGGGAACCCAAGGGUCAUCUAGCCCAACCCCCUGCAAUGCAGGGAUCAAUUUAAAUUGCUCUUCAAGCUCUCUCUUACUUCCCUUUGUAAAAUUCUUUUUAAAAAAUUAUGCAGUGAAUAGCAUCAUGAUAGGGUUCUGUCAUCAGACGUUAGGUUGCAGAGCUGACCACCCUCCCUUCUCCACUUCCUGUUAACAUGGAGCCUCUUGAACAGAGCCUGCCAGUAUUUUUUCUGAUCAUUGUUUGGAAUUUCACAGACAUUUGAAACCUGUGCCACCCCCUUGUGUUUGAGAGCGACCGAAAGGCAUCAGUCUGCGCAGCAGCAGAUCUAGAAGAGUUCAAUAGCACAAGAAAACGAGGCCCAGCACGCCAAGCUUCCUGUUGCCCAUUUUAUUACUCACUUAGCACAUUCAGGGUCACCAGCUUGUAGCUGUCACCCAAUACUGGUGACAAGAGAUUUGCAAGGGCUUUCGAGACCUUAGCUUCCACAGUAUAAAUGCAAGCAACCAUCUCAUAUGGUUAGAAAUAGGGAUUUUUUUGUUUUUUAUUUGCUCCGCUCUGCCAGUGCCCUGCUCAUUUUUCUAAACAGCAAAAUAAUAUGUCAGAUAAUCAGAUGCUUGGGUGUACUAUAUUUUGUUUUUAUUGUUAGGAACCCACUAAGCCUGAAGAAAGUGCAGCAGGAAAUUAAAGCCAGCAGGCAUUAAUCUGUGUCUCAGGUGCUCUGCACAAACAUAUGUGCAUGCCAGCCAAUUGCUCAUCGCUCAAUCAUUCAUCACCUGUGAACUCUGUGUAUGGAUGGGUGGGCCAGCUUCAUUGGCAAGCCUUAUGUUUUGAGCUGAUGUGAGGCAGCAUGACAAGUCUUGCCUGUGGGGUUCAAUAUUGGAAUGGCUCCUUCAGAGAUGUGAGUCAUCCCUUGAUAUAUGGCUGUCAUCAGACGAUGCCUUGAGAGAGGUGGGAUAUAUAUUCCACAAAGAAACUGGACACAAUUAAAUGAUGCCUCUGCACAUGGGAACUCCGCUGAAGUCUGACUUUAAGCCAUUGUUUCCCAAACUUGGGUCUUCAGCUGUUUCCGAACUGCAGUUCCCAUCAUCUCUGACCGCUGGUCCUGCUAGCUAGGGAUGAUGUCGUCCAAAAGCAGCUGGAGACCCAAGUUUGGGAAACACUGCUUUAAGCAACGGGAGGUUAAAUCUGGCAUCUUGAUUCACCCAGAAGUAAAUCCCCACUGAAUUCAGUGGAAUUGACUCCGACAUCAGCCUGCAUUUUUUCCUGAGAUACUUCUAUGAGUACUCUCACCCUCUGAGGUAAGGCAAGAGGUGAUCAGAGAGAGGGCAUUAUUUGCGGUAGCCUCCUUUCUUUGGCAUUGCUUUCCUAGGGAAGUUCACCUGGUCCGGUGCAUGCGUUGUAUCUUUUUGGCACCAGACAAAAGUCCUUUUACAAAUCUGUUUCAGUUUAAAUGUUUUGAUUGCUGCUGCUAUGCCCUUUUGAGCCUGUCAGAGUAAUUACAUUUACAUCUUCCAUUAGUAUUUUUUUUUAAUGAUGUUGUGCUUCUUAUUUUUAUGUAAGCUAUAAGUUAUGUAACUUCCUGUCAUUUACCUGCAGGAUCUGCUCAGUGAGUGCUGUCAACUGCCCAUCAUCUUUGCCCUAUCAAGAACAAUGUCAAACUCAUGGAGAGAUGCCUCUUUGGCAUUCUAAGUGGUUUCUUUAGUUUGUGAGGACAAAACUUGAUUUUCCUCUCUUCUCUUUCUCUUUCUUGUUUCAUGUGGAAUAGUAAAUAAAUAAAACAAGCCUUCCUCAAACUGCAAAGAAGAUGGGGAAUUCUUAUGCUGGGCAGCUCAAGACCACACGCUUUGAAGAAGUGCUGCAUAAUUCUAUCGAGGCUUCUCUCCGGUCCAAUAAUUUAGUUCCUAGGCCGGUUUUUUCACAGCUGUAUUUAGAAGCCGAACAGCACCUUUCCUCUCUAGAAGGUAAGAAACGUUGAUUUGACAUUUUUAUUCAAGUAGAAAUUGAGCCUGUUUUGUUUUUAAUGAUUGAGAGAUCAUCCUGAAUAUUCAGUCCACAAUCAACACAAAGUUGGCAGAGCCGCCACUGGGUGCUGCCUGGUUGGUGUUGAUCUGCAACAGAGCCUCGUUGGUGGUUUCCCAUUUAUGGAAUGUCCUCCUUGGUUAGGGGCAUCUUUCUCCCUCGUUAUUAACACUGGAAUUUUAAAUAAAAAACAUUCCUGUUCACCUAGGCAUUUGAUGGCUGGAAAAUAACUGUUUCUGGCAACCUUGAAAUGAUAUUUGAUUGCUUUUAAUUUUUUUAAUUAUUAUUUGUUGCGGUGGUUGCUGUUUUAUUGUUUGCUGUCCUUGGCUGCUUUGGGAGGAAGGGUGGAACAGAAAGUUGAUUAAAUGACGAAUAAAUAAGCGUUCAAGCAUGAUAUUCCGAUCCCCCAAGCAAAGUCACUGGAAUCACUUCACCACCCACCAAGCCAACUUGUUUUACUGCUAAACUUCAGGAACCUCUGUGGAUCUGACAGUAUGCAGGCAUCAUUAUUCUUCUGGUGCAACUAUUUCCUCCUGUUAAUUGCUGGUCUCUCUUUAUUGGCUUGAAGGGCAUUUCCUUUGUAUCUUCUUUUCAUGAGCACACUUCCUUUCAAAGCAGUCUAAUUACGGCAUGGAAAGAAUAAUUAUCAAUGCAAUAUGGCGGGGUCUUUAGGCAGUUGCAUUGAAACAUAAUUGAAAUAUUAUUCAAAUAGUUUUGAACGAUAUAGCUACUCACCACCUAUGGAAAAACCCUAUUUAGGAACAAAUCUGUGGCCAUUGCACACAUAUUUCCCUCUCUCCUUCCUUUCUUCCAUGCUGAACAAGGACUUUUUCAUUUGCAUGAAAAAAACCAACACCAUUGUUUAAGUGUCCAUCUGCUCCCGCUGCUUGCUCCCCACGUGGAAAACCUUAGAUUUCAUAAACCUUAGAUUUCAACAAAGUCUGAUGUCACAAAAGUGGGUUAUGACAUCAACUGGGAGAAGAUGCUGCCAGAACAUGGUCUUUGUUUUAAAACAAAAGAACUCUUUUCACACUUGUUAAUGGAUUUAACAAAUCACUGGGUCCUAAUCCUGGUGUUCUUUGUGUGUGUGUGUUUAUAUAUAUAUAUAAUUAGCAAGAACUAAGUGCGUUUAUCCAGAUUAUUAUUAUUAUUAUUAUUAUUAUUAUUAUUAUUAUUAUUACUAUUACUAUUUUAUUAUUUUAAAAAGCAUGCACAGGGCAGAAAAAAUAUUUAAUUAUUUCAUUUAAAAUGUGUAUAAAUUGCCCAUUAGCUUUAAUACUGCCUAAUUGCUAUUGUGUGGCUGGAGAAUGAUAGCCUAUUGAGGUGCAAUAUGGGAAUAGCCUUGCUUCCAAGGGGUAGGCUGUUUGCCAUAUCUUUUACAAAAAUAACAAGGGGGUUGCAAAAUGUGCCCUUCCAUGAGAGGGGGGAAGGAAGUGUUCAUACUUCACAAAUAGUUUUUAAAAUUAUAAAAUAAAAUGUCCACAAAAUGCCAGGGCACCACUAUGCGGAAUAGUGUAGUGGACUUCCUAGUCCCACCUUAUCAUCUUCUCAUUAUUAAAGGGCCAGAAGACAGUUAACGCUUGUAGCUAGGAGUGCUCAACGUUGAGCAAAAAUAAUAAUGAGAACAACCCAGCCAUAAAAGUAAUUUAGAAAACCAUUGAUUUCAUUGGAAAGGAUUUAAGCACAUGUUUAAUUCUUAUUGAAAUCAGUUGGACUUAAAAUACUGCCAAUUCUUGAAAUGAAAACUUCUGGUAGAUGGGCAGAGUCUAGGGGCAAUCACAGAAGAGUUUCAGGAACAGAGUUUGGGUGUAUCCAACAUUUUUAAAAAGCAGAUAGCUGGGUGAGAUAGCUGAGUUGGUUAGAGCAUGGUGCCGAUAACACCAAGGUUGCAGGUUCAGUCCCCAUAUGGAACAGCUCCAUAGCCCAGGGGGUUGGACUAGAUGAUCCUCAAGGUCCCUUCCAACUCUGCUGUUGGAUUCUAGUGCUUUUGAGAGGUCCAUGCUGUAGCCAGGUGAUUUUUGGUGUGCCUGUAUACGCAGCCUAACACAAAAAUCAAUAUCUGGACCGAUUUUAUUCUCAUUAGCUAACCAUUUAUUUCAUUGGCCGAGAGGGGAUGUGUUCUUGCCCUUUUGAAAACAGACACAAUAAAUUAAAAAUUGCGUAGUUAACGGAGAAGCAGUAUUUGUUUAUAUUCUCCCAACAAUUUCCUCUGUAGUCUGCCUCUUUUAUUUAUAUGAUUGCAGGCUGAAAGUACAAUAAUAAAAUAGACUAGUGCUUGUCAUCGUUGUUUGCCAUGAAGUCUGCUUCUGAGCCUUUUCAGGCAAAACCGUUGGAACAAAAGGGCACUCCUAGACUUCAGACCGCAGGCAAUGUCUUUCUUUUGCAUUACGCUGCUCAGCAAAACAACUGAUGUUCAGAGUGGUUGUGAUCUUUGCUUGGAUGCUUUUGCUGGACAGCUGUGUUAUUUUCAUAGAUUUUCCUGCCAUUUUCCUUUCGGCAUGUAGUCAAAAUUUAUGUGACUGCUUCGUACCAAGUUAACUAAAUUCUCUGUGGCUUAUAUCGAACCUGUGCUUUAUUCAUGCUUAAUGUAUGCCUUAUGUUUAAUUCAAACACUUAACACAUCAAUAGCUGUAACCUAACUGAAUAUAUUAAGCAAGGUUUUAUUUGUCAUCUGAAUCUGGCCCAGUUUGCUCAGUGCCUCAAAGCAUGUAGAGCUUAAUGCAGCUCUGGACAAAAAUAAUCAUGCUUUUAUAAUGACUGCCCUUUAAAGGGUUGUGUAUGUAUAUUGAAGUUUUGAAGAGCUGAUCUACAAAUAUUGGUUUACGCUGGUACUAUGAAUACACCAAAGGCAUCUCAAAAUCAUAGUUUGCAUACAUCUUGAGUAUUUGAGGGCCUUGAUCCAGUGCUGUGCAAUUGUCCUCAUCCCUCACAUCCCCCAACGUGAGUAUAAGCAGUGCUAGCGUUCAUUAUAGUGAAUGGGAACUUUACAAUCGUUUAAUGUUGCAGCACCUAGACUUUUGGCACUCCUUCCUAUUGAUAUCAAGCAGGCACCUUCACGGCACUCUUUUCAGUGCCUGCUAAAAACAUUUACAUUUAGACAAGCCUAACUAGCAUGCUUAAAGGGACGCAGGUGGCGCUGUGGGUUAAACCACAGGGCCUAGGACUUGCCGAUCAGAAGGUCGGCGGUUCGAAUCCCCGCGACGGGGUGAGCUCCCAUUGCUCGGUCCCUGCUCCUGCCAACUUAGCAGUUCGAAAGCACAUCAGAGUGCAAGUAGAUAAAUAGGUACCGCUCCGGCGGGAAGGUAAACGGCGUUUCCGUGCACUGCUCUGGUUCACCAGAAGCAGCUUAGUCAUGCUGGCCACAUGACCCGGAAGCUGUACACCGGCUCCCUCGGCCAAUAAAGCGAGAUGAGUGCCGCAACCCCAGAGUCGGUCACGACUGGACCUAAUGGUCAGGGGUCCCUUUACCUUUACUUUAACUAGCAUGCUUGGGAAGUUGAGAUGUUUUUAAAUCUGAUUUAGCAUUUCAACUUUUGCAUGUUUUAAAGGACUGUUGUAAUUUUUUCUUGAGUUUCUUGUUUUAGCUUUUUUUUUUAAACUGCUAGAAGGUUUUCUUCCUUUAAAAAAACAACAACAAUCACACGGUGUGUCACUUUUAUGAAAUAAAUAAUAAAAUAAUAUCCCCAGACAGUCCUCCUCUCUCAGUGCCAUGGAAUUAUUGCACAAGCAACCUGCGUGGCGAAUGGAGGACAGGGCUGGAAGCGGAUAUGAGAAACACGCCAAAGAGCUCCCAUUCCUUUCGGUACCCUCUCAUUCUGCCCGCGCAUGUACCUAUGAUCUUGCACUGGUGUGGGGAUGAGGGAAGCAGGGUUCUGUUGGACUCUGUGUUUCUUAGUCAUGCUCCACUGGAUCAGGUAAAUCGUACAGGACAAGAUAUAGUGGACCAGUUCACAAGAACCUUAGGUGGGAAGUUGGUGGAUUCGCACCCGGCCCCUUGGGAUGCUUGUGAGUUCACACAAGCACGUUUGUCACUCCACAACUGCAGCUUGACUUGAUUCCUUGUGUCUGUGAGACAGUCACCAUGGUUCAAAAGUCACAGGCCACUUUCAUGUCACCUGAACAUGCUGUGUCUCUUGAUGGAGGCAGUUCACAUAUCAUUUAUUGUGAGUUGAGUGACUUAUUAUUCCGGAAAGUGCUAUGGGUGCUUUUCUUCUCUUACACCAAACUCACACCUGUUCCCUUUAUUUACCUGCUUUUCUGUAAAGUCGGAAGCUGCCCUAAGAUUUGUUUCAAGCUACUGUUUAGCUCAUUAACUCAGCGCAGUCCUCACUGCUGUAUUUGAAGCUUGGUACCUGCGGCUGAAAUUGCGAAACAGCUCUCGCUGAUAAAGGGGGAGAAACGUUAUUUCCUCUCAUCUGAAUGCACCAUUUACCUGACCUCUGGUGACUGUGCUCACGAUACCUUUUAGCAGGCAACAGAGUGGAUAAUGAGGAAGAUGAGGAGGAAGAAGAGGAAGAGGAGGAAAGUUCAGAAUCAAGCAGCCCCCCUAUCACUUAUCAGAUGAAGCCGCCUCCUGAAGGUGGUUGCACUACUGACGGUAAGAAAUUCAUACAGCUGGGUGGCACGUUUAGAGGUGCACGCAGAUGAAGCAGCUUCUUCACACCGAUGACUGAGAGCACAUGCGCCGAGUUGCACCCAGCAUUGCGUGUGCACAUGACGACUGUUGCGUCAGGAGAGGCCGGCCAGGUUGCGCCCGGGCCGACAUCCCGCCAGGCCAACAUCCCGCCAGGCCACACCACAUCCGGGUGACAUUCCCUCAGACCUUCUCUGCUCCCUCAAGAUUGGGGAUGCUGAGUCCUCUUCCAGUGGACAUGGCGGAGGGCUGUAGAGGCUUCAGCCCCACAGAGUUGGCACGCCUGACUAAGAGUUGAUCCUUUCACACAGAAUGAAACCCGAGAGUUCAAUCCAGCAAGCCUUAGGCAUGGCUACAUUCAGUCGUGGACUUAAACUAAUCAGGACUGCGUCAUUUCUGCUGCUUUCACUGGGAUCCAUGCUUAAUUCUGAGGCCUAGUUGAUGUUUAGGCUGUGCUAUUUGGGACUGCAAGUGGAAGCCCCCAUGAUUGAAUGUCUUGCUGUGCAUUGAUUUCUCCACAUAGCAAAGUCAGAGAGAGUGGUUCUAGUCUAAUCUUCUCCCCGAGAUUAUCACAUUUGUCUUCUAUUUACACCCUGAUUUUCACUUAACAGAGUAGCACUUAGAGUUUUAUUUAUGAAGGAACAUUCAGUUAUGUGAGCCCCCACCUGAAGUCUGAAAUGGUACUGCUCAGAAUUCCUCAGUGAAAAAUAGGAUGUCACAAUGAACUUUGCAGAUUGAAUUUUGCAUGAAAAAUUACCUUUAGGAUAAUAAGAUUUUGGGGGAAAUGAUAAUAAUUGUGGAUUGCUUUUAAUCUGUUUGGGUCAGCUUGUUUUAAAAUGUUUGGCAUUAUUAGAACUUCUAAAGAAAGUAUUAAUCCGAACAGAGAUUUUUACAGUUUGACAAUGGAGAUACUAUUGUAUAAUUGUUAGCAAAACAUGACUCAGAAUGGCACAUUCCAGAACAUCUAUGGAUGAUGUACAGAGAAAUUUAGGGUAUUUUGAAUGGUAAGCUCAGAUAUUCGUUUUUAAUGAGCAUUUGCAUACCAGAGUUGUUUUCUAUAAAGUGAAAGAGUAGUCUUUAUUUCCAAUUAAUUCAGUGUCCACCUUUUUGACUUGAAAAUUACUUAGCUCCUUCUGGACGGGAUGCCACAUGUACACUGCAAAAAGUAGAAGCCCUGAGUUGCAUAUAAAAUUGCACAUGUUAAUUUAUACGUACAGAUGCAAAUUUAGAAAUAAUUACUUUAAACAAUUUAAAUAGAAAUACAAUACAUCUCACCACAGUGAAGAAGACUGAGCAGGUAACCUAUGCGCCUGAUUGGUUUGCUGCCCAGGGGCUCCCUUUUGAAGGGCAAUUCCUGGUUCUCUCUUCUUAUGGUUCUUCAUCUUUAAACUGGAAUUAGACCUGACAGCUCUUCAGCUAAGAGGACUGUAAAAUAGGAUACAUUGCCACCUUAGACUGAGUCCUGAGACUGGCUAGCCUACUGAAGUCCCAUGUUUAUGUUGUCACUUGCACUUUGCUAUUUAUUGAGAAAUCUAGUAUCCAUGUGUACUAAUUUCUUUUCUUUCUUUUUUUUUAAAAAGGAUGUGCUUCAGGGCAUGUCUGUAGCAGCUCCUUUUUUGUGCAAUCUGGCGCCGAAAAGAGCACAUGCCGUUGGUUUGGCCUCUGCCUCAUUCCAAUGUCUCGCCAAUUAUUGUCUCUCGGUUGUUGCUCCAUUUCCUGGUUUCUCUGUGUGAAAUUUAGGACCUCAUUAACUGGGUACUAACUUUCCUGUGAUGGCCCUUGCAUAUGUUUGGACAAAUGCCGCUCAGUGUGUCCCUCAUCCUUGCCAUUGUCCUUCCCAUGUGCUUUCACCACUGCAGCUUUUUACCCGCUUUGGAAUGCUGAAUUUGCUUAUAUUAACCUUAUUACCACUUCCUGCUUACUGUUUUGCGAAAGGUGACGCACAAAUCGUCAGACGAUAUGAUCCAGAAUUUCCCUCGUAGCGCCUAUCCACCCGUCUCUCUGGGUGACCAGAGAUAAUAAUAAUAAUAAUAAUAAAAUAAUAAUAAUAAUACCCCACCCAUCUGGCUGGGUUUCUAUUCCCACAUCACACACACUUCAUUAUUGGAGCCAUUUUCCUUUAAAAAUGCAUAUGCAAAUAUUCCCCUCUCGUUUGUUAAUUUAUUCCACUGUGUUACAUUGUAAGGAAAGAAUGGGAUCGUUUCUGAACUUGUACAGCUUAGGCAGUUUUGCUGUCCGUACUUCUGCAUCAAUCCCUCACCCCUUUACACAUUUGAAUCAAAAUACAGUGGUACCUCUGGAUGCGAACGGGAUCCGUUCUGGAGCCCCGUUCGCAUCCUGAAGUGAAUGUAAGAUGCGACUGCGCGUGCGCGGGUCGUGUUUCGCUGCUUCCGCGCAUGCGUGUGACGUCAUUUUGAGCGUCUGCGCAUGCGUGAGCGGCGAAACCCAGAAGUAAUGCUCUCUGUUACUUCCGGGUCGCCACGGAGCGCAACCUGAAAAUAUUCAUCCCGAAGCUACUUCAACCCGAGGUAUGACUGUAAUGAGAGAUAUGUAGAUGCAACCAUGCAUAUUCAGUGGGGAUUUAUUAAUUUUAUCCUGGACCCACAGUUCCGAGAGGAAUUUAUUUCUUUAAAACACCUUGGCUAUUGUCUUGUCUUGUCUUGUCUUGUCUUGUCUUGUCUUUUCUUUUCUUUUCUUUUCUUUUCUUUUCUUUUCUUUUCUUUUCUUUUCUUUUCUUUUCAAAAGAGUAUAAUUUAUUCCACCAGUUCAUACAUAACCUAUGGUAUAUGAUUUGAUUAAAAUAGUGCUGUUGUUUUUCCUCCUCCAGGUUUCUGCCAGGCUGGUAAAGAUUUGAGAUUAGCAUCGGUUUCAAACGACCCAAUUGAAGUGCCUUCAGGGUUUCUACUGGUUGGCGCCAAGUCACCAAGCUUACCGGAUCACCUUUUAGUGUGUGCCGUAGAUAAGAGAUUUCUGCCUGAUGACCAGGGGCGCAAUGCCUUGCUAGGUAAGUGGCGGCUGUGAUCACAGCAUUGCUGUAAGUCAAGGACCCUGUGGCCCUCUAAGAUUUUGUGGGAUUAUUGACUGCCAUCGUCCUUGACUACUGCCAUGUUGACUGGAACUGAUGAGAGUUGGAGAUAAACCAUUUCUGGAGGGCCAAGGUUUCCAGUUUCUGUUGUCAGGGAGAAAUGACAAGAUUAGCCCCAUCUCAUUUUGAUUCCUGGUAUUCGUCCUUGUUUGGAACGAUUUAACCUUCUGUGCAGGUGGCUGAGCUUAAGGAAAGGUACGGAGUGAACCUCUAUUUUGCAGAUGCCGCGUUACCUUUAAUCCAGUCCAAGGUUACACUCAUUGUCUGAUCAGUUUGCAUUUACAGUUGCUCAGGCGACACCUUGAAUUACUAGGCCAUUUAUGGACAUUUCCAAUGCCAGCUGUCUUUGAUCUCAUCUUGUUUUGAUAUACAACCUGUUCCUCUUCUCUUUUGAGAUGUGGUUUGUGAUAGCAACCCAUUAGUGAAGCUGGCUGCACAGAAACAGAGGCUCCCUAGGGUUGUCAUAUUUCUAAAAGUGAAAAUCUGGACACAAAUGGUUUUUUUUUCUGACAUGGGUUUCCAUAUGCCUAGGUUUCCCUGAACAUUUUAACCGGUCCUCGGAAAUUCUGUCCGGACACUGUUUUUGACGGACAAAUCCAGGAUAUGCCUGGGAAAUUCUGGACAUAUAGCAACACUACUCCCUGCUGCUUUCUCAGUCUCAUCACCUUCUUUAUGAGAUAUAUAUAUAUAUAUAUAUAGGUAAAGGGGACCCCUGACCAUUAGGUCCAGUCGUGGCCGACUCUGGGGUUGCGGCGCUCAUCUCGCUUUAUUGGCCAAGGGAGCCAGCGUACAGCUUCCGGGUCAUGUGGCCAGCUUCUGGCGAACCAGAGCAGUGCACGGAAACGCCGUUUACCUUCCCGCCAGAGCAGUACCUAUUUAUCUACUUGCACUUUGACAUGCUUUCGAACUGCUAGGUUGGCAGGAGGAGGGACUGAGCAACGGGAGCUCACCCCGUUCCGGGGAUUCGAACCGCCAACCUUCUGAUCGGCAAGUCCUAGGCUCUGUGGUUUAUCUAAAACCCCUAUCCGGCGGGUUGUAGUGGUUAGAGUAUGGGUUAGGACCAGGGAAACUCGGGUUCAAAUUCCCACUCACCCUCUCCCUGAGUAGUUCUACUGGGAGAGAGCCUCUGAGCUGUGGCUCCCUGAGGUCCAGUCCUAGCUGCACCAACUAUUCAACACUCAUGCCCCAUAACUGCAAUUCUAAUUAUAGUACCUUGGAAAUAUGGCAGACCUGUUUAGGGCCUUUGUGGCGUAGAUUGAAUCUAGGGCUGUGUGCAUGCCCUAAAUUUAAAGCACAUCCCCUCACAAGAGAAAGAGUUAUGGGAACUGGUUUGUUAAGUGUGCUGGAAAUCGUAGCUCUCUGAGGCAUAAGCUACAGUUUCCAGACUUCUUUGGGGGCAGAAUAUAUGCCUUAAAAUGUGUGGUGUGUAUGCAGCCUUGCUCUUGGACUUGAGCUAGUUGUGAAGGGUGACUUUGAGUCAGCCUCUCACUCUCUUUUACCCAACGUACUUUACUGAUCUGUGAGGAGACGAGACAGUGUUAAUCUUACAUAGGCUGCUCUAAGCAACUGGAAGGAAAAGUGAGAUACACAUGUGAUGGAUGGAGAUGAUUGUCUACUGUGCUAGAAUUAGUGUGAGUGGGUUAGGAUCUUGGUACAAAACAAACUCUAGGGAGGAAAAAAAGUGUGAUGAGCGCUAAACAAGGCAAUUAAAUAACAUUUUCCCAAGCUACUAGUUAGGCCUGGUGUUUAACUUUGAAGAAACUCUAAUUACUUGGUGCUCUGUCACACACAAUUCUUGAGAGCUUCACAUAUGGUGUUCCGCACCAUAUUGAAUUCUUAUGUAUUUGAGAGUAAAUGCAUUUGCUGUUAGGGUUGCUCCUAACAAUAUUGCCAGGCAACAAGGAGCUACAAAGCGAUGCCAAUAAAAAUCAAAAGGAUGCAAUGUGAGCCCAGUAUAAAUAAAUUUGGGAUCUGAGUUUACAACCAGCUUUGUAAGAAGCGGUGGAGUAUAUAACUUCAUCUGGCAAUAAUGUGUCUUGCCAUGAGAUCUUGCUGACUUUGAUGGGUCACAGUACAAUUGGCCUGCGACCGUAAAGGAAUUAAAAGGGCUGUAAAUUUGUGGUGCGUUGUCAUUUUAAAGAUACAAGCAGUAAUGUUGAACCACUCAGCCCAUUCAUAGCUAGCGCUAUUAACAGCCUAAGGUUCCUAAGGCUGUUAACACAGAGGAAGUAGUAUAUGUGUUAAUUGCACGCUAAACCAGCAGAGGGGGGAAAAGUAGUAAGAAACAUUUGGUAAUAAUAACGCUAAGCCUACAAUCCUGUGCACACUCACUUGGGAGUAAGCUCCGUUGAACGCAGUGGUGUGUCUUCUAAGUCAACACACAAAAGGAUCAGGUUUAGUAGUUAUUUGCAAUGCUUUUGUGUGCAGCUAACACGUUGGCUUAUUACCCUUCAAGUUAUUUCUGUGUUCAUUUCUAAACAUUUAAAAUUAUGUUUCAGCACCAACUGAAGCAGAGGUUCCCCUUGUGCUGGCAGAAUUUCUGGUGGCAAGUUUGUUGUGCUUUGCUUUCUGCUUUUAAAAUGCAUGACUCUGUCUAGUAGCAAAUCUUCAAAGUCAGUUCUGUAUAAAACAUCUGAAGCUGCAUCUUUACAUGUUUCUUUGAUAAUGCGUACCUUCUUCAACAAGGUGCAUAUAUAAUACUUGUGGCUAGGAUAUUUCAGUUGUCCUUAGGGGACCAAGCAAUGAUGUUAUGAUGACAUGAGCAUUUCCUUGUGGCAGUCUGACCGCACACAAGAGAACAAUACCAUAUCAGAUGCAUAGCAGCAGGGAUGGAACAGUCAGUCUAUUUCCAUCUGUGACAUUUUCACAUGUGCUCAUCCAUAACUCUGUUCCAUCUUAUUUCUGCAUUAACAUGCAAUUAAAAGUAAUCACAAUGAAAAUUCGCAUUUACACCUCCAAUUCCUGUAUGUCCCCCAAAAAUAUUUGAUUUCUGGAAGAAUUUUCAUGUAUUUGAUCUAAUAACCAUAUUGAAAAAUUUAGGGAGAGCAAAAGCUGGCGGAUGACGAAGUUUCAGCCCACAUACCUUUCUGGGGAGUUUAGAUCUCAGCAACUUGUGACUGAAUUUUCAAAGCUCAACAACUUCAAGGAUUCCUAAUUUCUCUUGCUUCCUCUUGUUGCUGCAGACCACAGUGACAUGCACUACACAAGGAUGGUCACAUGGGAUAUAAUAAUGCCUGCCUCGAGGGAUGUAUGCUUGUGUGUGUGAACUGACCCACAUCUCAAAUUGCUUGCACAACAAGAAAUGUCCGUAUUAUUGAAAUCGGUGAUUCAUAGCAUGGUGUGCUUUGGUCUCUGUCACUCUCUGAUUGUGUUGCUCUGGAAUCUGGACAGUGGCGGACCUUGGCGUCUCAGAUUUCAGUGGCGCCCUGUGUGAUGCCAUAAUCCAGUGGUGAAUUUUGCCUUCCGUUGGAUGUCAUGGUUUUGGCACCUUCUGCAGCACCCCAGAAGCCCCACGCCCAGUGCAACUGAAUUGGUUGCACCCCCCUAGAUCCGCCUUUGAUCUGGAUGGUAGGAAUUCAUUUCACGGUCCAUCUAGCCUGCUAAAGCAGUGUGGAAUAAGUGAAAGUGGAUUAAUAAACUGGGCCAUGCUGCUUUAGAGUAGAGUAGAGUAGAGGAACAGAAUCUGGUUGUUGGGUGGGAUCCUUGUUUCCCUACUCUCAUUCGGCCAUUUUGACUGGUGGGCUUUGGUCUGCCCACCUCUUAAUUGCCUGACAUCACUACGAUGGCAGAUGACCCAUUUCCCCUUUGUAGCACCACAAGCUGCACUAAAAAGAAGAAUCCAAUCUCAGCCAGGUGGGGUUGGGAUUGCCUGUGCUGUGGAGUACCCCGGGCGAAACUCCAUAGCAUAGCCAAUCCCAGCUGGCUUGCCUCACUACCAGUUAGCUGAUUGGCAGUGACAGCGAGCCUCCCUUGUCAAUACAUAGCCAAGAGUGCACUUCAAGGCUCCCUAUUGUGCAUUGGUAGCUGCGUCUUUACCUGUCUGCCACCUGAUGUUACAGAUGACAUCAGGUGUUUGUAGCUUGGGGGAUCUGGCCUCGCGGGUCAUAUUGGGACUUAUCCCAGGCCUGAUUACGCCCUCAGACCAGAAUUUUCCCAAUCCUGGCCUAUAGAUUAGGGCAGACUAUAAUAUGCUUCCAGAUAGGUGCUUCAUAUUGAAAAUAGUUUUUUUAGCUACUGCAAACAGACAGAGUUAUUAACUUAUUGAUUUUUCCUUAGGGAGGUUAAAUCUUGAUUAAAUCGGGGUGGGGAUAGUGACAUUUUAAUGCCGAGGACAUUGUGCAGACUCUGCAAAGAAACUUGCAUGCAAGAGCAGCACUGAUCCCACAAUAAACAUCUACCUGGAAGCACCCAGAGUAUUGAUAACAAUAAAAAAUGCUGCUGAAUUUUGCAUAGAUGCACCUGUAUUUGAGGCACUUGAAGGAAGAUGGUAGGUGGCAAACUGUUGCAUACAUCCUUUGUUCUCACAGCCACCUCUUUGAGGAAGACCGUCAUUAUAUCCCCAUUUUACAUAAUUGAGACCAAGAGACAAUGAAUUCUGCCCAAUCCAUGAAUGAUUUGGAAUUGGAAUGGAGAUUUCAAAAAUUCAAAUUCUAAGUGAAAAGCAUUUUCUUGUGGAAGCCAAAACAUCUGAUAUUUCCUAGCCAUCAUUUUUGAAAGGAGGAAAUGACAAGUAUCAGACCGACUUGAAUGUCCAGUCAUUCCACCCCUGCACUUUGGUGAUAGUCAUAGAUAAUAGAACCAUAGAACCGUAGAGCUGGAUGGAACCCAAAGGGUCAUCUAGUUGUGACCCCCUGGAAUUCAGUGAAGUGGGAGAUAAAUGUAAUCAAAUCAAUAAAUAGGUGAGGAAAUAAGUUCUGCAGAUAUUCAGAGAUGCUCUUAAAAACACACACAACCAUUUAUAAACCUCAGGGCAGAGUUCUUGCAGUGGAACAACUGAGCUCAUUGACUCCUAUAUAGACCCUAACAGGUACUGCUGAGCCAACUCAGAAGUUAUCAGGAUUUUCUUUAAGACAUCCUCCAGCUGGAAUAGGCUUGGUAAGCUUGGCUUCAGAUCAAGCCCUGCCUGCAAAUAAGCUCAAUAUUUUUAAAUUGAUGGAAUCAAAUUUUAUUUAUCUACUUUGGUAUGGCUCUCUUCCUCUCUCUCUCUCUCUCUUUCCAUCCAUUUGUUUUCAUAAAGCAGGGGACCCUGUUUCUUCCUUAAUCUCGUUUGAUAACCUUGAAGGAAACUGUUCACAAAAGGGAAAUGCACCCCAUCCAAAAGUGUCUUAAAUGGUUUCCUGAGCAUUUCUGAGCUGGCUCCACCACUGUCUGUGGAGAUGCCCACAGGGCAUAUAUAGGCUCGGAAGGAAACAUAUCUGUGUAUUUAGUAAUUUCCUGAGUAGCCUCUUUGACUUCUGUUUCAUAUUCAUGACAAGCUAGUGAAAUGCCUGUGGGGCAUAAAUCAAGUCCGUUUAUUGAUUUUGUUUAGAAGGUUGCUUUGGUGGUUCCAGCUUGCUUGCCUCCAUGACUUACUUGAGUUGGUCAUAUUGGAGGUUUCUUCUUCUUCUUUUUUAAAAAAAACGCCAUUCUGUCUAGCCUUCUUAUGCAAAAUAUUGGCACCCUCUCCCUGCGAGGUGCAAGUAUUCUAGCUAUUAAGUAAUCUUUGUUCAUCAAUGUGAGAGAACUUCCUCUCCGAAGCUUUUCACGGUACUUUUAAGAAACACACGUCCUAUGUAUCUCUAAAUCAGUGCCAUACAUUAAGACAGAAAAUAUUGCCGCUCUCUGCAUGGGGCGCUGAGACCCCUUUCCUGUUUGUUUUGUUGCCUCCACAUAACAGCCUCCCAAGCUUUUUGCAACAAUAACAUUCAUAAACUUCUAAAUCUUGCAAACCUAUUAAUACAGUUCUUUAGAAUGAAAGAAAGGCGAGGGUCAACAAGGGAUAAUAUUUUUCAGUAAUGGCUGAUCAAAAUUAGAAAUUAAAACAGGGAUGGGUAACCUGUGGCCCUCCAGAUGUUGUUGGAUUCCACCUUCCAUCAUGCCCAACCAGCAUGACCAAUGGUCAGGGAUGGUGGGAGUUGUAGUCCAACAGCAUCCCGGAGGAUCACGGGUUUGCCACUCUGUAUUAGAAUAAUGAAAAGUCUUGAUGAAAACAGUGGUUUUUUAACCUAGUGGGUACAUCCCUAUCUUGCUGAGAGGAUAUUCUGUGGAGUCGGUUGCAGCGUCCUGUGGCAAUUUAAAGAUCAUAGCUGCCACCUGAGGAUUACAUUUUAUGUAUCUGAUGAAGUGAGCGCCCAUUCACAAAGGUUUAUGCUGUAGUAAACUUCUUAGUCUUUAAGGUGCCAUAAGACUGCUUGUUGUUGUUUCUACAGGGACGGCGCUCUAUAAACCGGGCACCCUCCUCCUGCCAUUGUUUCCCUGCCCUUCUCCCCCAGAAGGCCUCCUUAUUUUUCCUUUUUUUUUUUUUUACUUCUACUCUCUUGAGGAAAGUCCUGACGUAUAAACAGCGCAGCUCUUGUCUCUUAUCAUCUUCCUCCCUUUUGCCAGAGAGCUGCGUUUGCACGGUUUAUCUCCAUGCUCACUUGUAGGAAGGCUUGGUAAAAUUCUCCGGGGAGAAAUGAAGAACCAGGGUGGGAAAAUAUCAAGGAUUCAUUCUCUUUUCCUGCUAGAAGAGCAUUAGAGGCUUUUUGCCUGCCAUGCAGAACCAAGCACUAUCCUAUUAUUCCAAGGGUGCCCCAAUAUGCCAUCUGAGGAGAAACAGGAAUGUGCCUCCCCCUCUUCUGCCCCCUGCCACCUCACCACUUCUGCAGCUGCCAGAAGAACCCCCCUCUUGCUGAAACUUGGCGACGCAUGGUGUUGCUCUUCAUCUUCCCCAUCCCUAGGGAAUAUGGAAUAGUACUUGUUUCUGCCCGGCAGGCUGAAAACUUAUAACACUCUUUUGGCGGGAAAAGAGAAUCCUCAAUUUUCCCCACCCUGCUUCUUGAUUGAACUCAAGAGAGUGGGGGCGGCAUCUGCAAGGCUGUUCUGUUUGUCUUCUUUGCUCCAGGGGCUACAGAUCAAAUCCCCAUUACAGGUACAGCAACUGGAAUGACCAUCCCAUAUUAUAUAUAUUAUAUAUAUAAUAUAUAUUGUAUAUAUGUAAUAAAUAAUAAUAAUAAUACACCGUCCACCUAACUAGGUUGCCACAGCUAUUCCGAGCAGCUUCCAAUAUAUAUAAAAGCACAAUAAAACAUUAAACAUUUUAAAACUUCCCUAUACUGUACAAGGCUGCCUUCAGAUGUCUUCUAAAAGUUGUAAUUUACUUAUCUCCUUGGCACGGGGGUCCCAUAACUCCAUACCCACCCCCAGCACUUCUCUGAUGAAAAUAGGCACAUCCUAAGGAAAAGGGCAUUCUAGGGGCAUUCUAGGAUCAAAUCAGAAACCGGGAAGGCUUCUGUAAAUCCGGGACUGUCCCUGGAAAAUAGGGACACUUGGAGGGUCUGCCAUGUUAAGAUUCAAUAUCCAGAAAACGGCUAAAAUCACACACAUCUUUGUAAUGUCCAGAAGUCAGGGUCAACUAUGAAAUGCGGUCCUUCCAUUUUGAAUGUGUAUGGCCAUUAAGAAUAUAAGAGGAACCCUGCUAGAUCAAACCAAAGGCCUAAAGAGUCCAGCGCUAUUUCGCCCCAUAGUGACUAAAAACAGAUGCCCCUAUUCGCGGGUGGCGCUGUGGGUUAAACCACAAAGCCUAGGAUGCUGAUCAGUAGGUCGGCGGUUCGAUUCCCCGCGACGGGGUGAGCUCCCGUUGCUCAGUCCCUGCUCCUGCCAACCUAGCAGUUCGAAAGCACGUCAAAAUGCAAGUAGAUAAAUAGGUACCGCUCUAGCGGGAAGGUAAACGGCGUUUCCAUGCGCUGCUCUGGUUCGCCAGCAGCGGCUUAGUCAUGCUGGCCACAUGACCCAGAAGCUGAACGCCGGUUCCCUCGGCCAAUAAAGCGAGAUGAGCGCCACAACCCCAGAGUCGGUCACGACUGGACCUAAUGGUCAGGGGUCCCUUUACCUUUACCUUUAAAAAUCCUAUAAGUAGGAGAUGAGGGCCACUGCCCUCUCCUGCUGUUAUUUCCCAGCAACUAGUACAUGCUCUGUCUGAUCCUGGUGCCAACAUAUAGCCAUUGUGACUGGUAGCCAUUGAUAGUCUUAUCCUCCGCGAAUUUGCCUCGUUGUUGUGUAGGUUGAUGGCCAUUACCACAUUCUGGCAUUAUAUCUUCAGACGUUUGUAAAGCGUGAACAGGAAAAUUGGACAUUGGAAGCUGACACAGAGGGACCAGAUGUAAUAUAGAGGGCUCAGUUGUUCUCCCUCUCCGUAGUUCUCCCCGCCCCCCACCUGCCCUUGGCCUCCCUCCUCCAAAUGUCACAGCACCCAAGAGGGAUGCUAGUCUCUCAGAUGAGGUCUGGUGGAGUCAGCCAAAUGUAAUUAACAUAGACCACUGAACACUCAUCAGAUUGUAACAGCCUUCGGUCACUCUUGAUGCAGGCUGGUUUUGAACUGAUGACCUAGAGGUGAAAGGGCUUUAUCUGUCAGACUACAAAUAUUGAUCUCUAGCCAUCUUGCAGGCUCAGCCUUGUGACAUAGAUAAAUUGGAACGCAUACUGGACAGCUCAGCUCUCCUGACCUUUGCCAUAUCUACAAUGUAUAUGGAAAAUCUGCUUUAUUUAGCUUGCUUACAGAAUGAGCAGCCCUCUCCUAUUAUGUGCUAGAUCCAGAUGUUUGUGUAUAACCCAGGCAUUACGUACAAUGAGCAUCCCAUUUAUUGAGUUGCUGGUAAGGUUAGUGUUGUGUUUUGACCCCUGUGCUUGCUGUAAUAUAGUAUAGUUAGGCUGCCCCAAACUCACCCAUGAAAAUAUUUCAAGGUGAAAGGGUGUGUUUCACAACCCCCUGCUUUUACAUACCGUUCAUUGCUUGUUACCCCCUGAUAUACAGAUUCAGUGCAAGUUUAUUUGAAAACCAAAGGUUUCUACGUCAGACAAUCCUAUUAUUAUUAUUAUUAUUAUUAAACAUAUAUACCAUUCUUCAUCCAUAGAUCUCAGGCUCACAACAUAAAAUUCACAACAUUAAAUUGCUAUCAUGAUUGAUAGUCAUUGAUAGUCAGCAACACAAUGACAUCACAUUAUGCCAAAUCCGAGUGAGGAGAGAAAGCAUGACGCUCACUCCAAAUAGGUUUCCUGACUAUACUGUGUAGUCAAUCAGAUUUGGCUAUAGGGUGAUGUCACAAAACCCAAUCAAAUACUAUGUUGUGUUUCCUGCUCUUACUUUGAAUGCAGGCCUCCCCAGACAAUUGCCAAACUAAGGAGGGUAUGUGUGUUUCAUUAGGGUGAUGUUUUUCAUGAAAUGUGCUUCCCUACCUGACUUUGACUCAGUCCUGAAUAAGAUGCCUACAAAACAGAGGCAAUGUUUGGAAUUUGAAAUAUGGCUGCAGAUGUCUGAAAAGCAAUAUUUACUGGUGUGUCCAAAGCCUAAUCCUAGUGGAAGCACAGGACAAGCACCCUGAAAGUUGAAGCGGCUAGAAAUCAACGUAAGAACAAAUUUUCCCCAAGUUACUCACAUGCUAAAAGGGUCCUGUGAAUAGGUCUUUAAUUGUUCUGGUCACUACUGUUAAAAACUAAAAUGUGUAACCAAGUUUUUUAGCCAUCCCAUGACAUCAAUUUGUCAUUCUUUCCCAUUUCCACCACUCUAUUGAUUGGUCUGUCUGGCAUUCUUAACAAAGAGAAAUGGGAUUUCCAUCCCUCUCCAAGAUGUCAUUAAAACUACAAAUUAAAGAGAUGGGGGAGUUAUUAAAUGCAGGCAUUUAUUUAGAAACAGUUGACACCCUUGCAACAUUUAUGUGUCGUUUUGUGUGUGCGCGCCCGUGAGAAAAAAAUAAAUAAAUUCCCAACAGCCACGCCAAACAACUUGGAAGUGCAUUAUCUGUACUAUGUUGCUUAUCUGUCUCCCAUCUUUGUGUAUGUUUAUUUCAUCAGGUUUCUCUGGCAAUUGUAUCGGCUGUGGCAAGAAAGGCUUCUGCUACUUUACUGAGUUUUCCAUUCACAUCAAUCUUAAGCUGACCACUCAGCCCAAGAAACAGAAACACUUAAAGUAUUAUCUGGUGAGGAAUGCACAGGGAACUCUUACCAAAGGAUCUGCAAUCUGCUGGAAGGGGGCAGGUGAGAUAAUGAACCUGUCUUGUUGGAGCUCUGGAAUUCCUCCAGAGGUUUAGAUAUGUGACUCCUUAGAAAUAAAUCUGAAAUCGAGGGAAUCAAUGAAAAUUCUUUAAAAGCCCAAUAAAAAUACUUAAAAGAAAUGUACGCAUUUACUCUGAACCAACUAGCCUGAUAAACCUAACCAGCCCCUUGGUAGAUGGGGCAGGGAGUAGAAGCAAUUGUGCUUCCAUAUGCCUGCAGUGGAAUGUGUCCAUAUGCACGGGUGAGUUUUUCAGUCUUCCUCCCUUUUAUUUUUGAGAAGGAAGGAUUGGGCAAAUCAGACUGGCAAGUCCACUUACUUAGGCACUUAGGUAAAUGCCUAAAUCAGGCCACUGUGGUGCAAUGGCUGCAUGUUGGAUUUUGAUGUUGGCAGUGCAGGUUCCAGUGUUUGUGCUGCUGCAAAUCUCAUGUCCAAUUUACACUUUUUGGGGGGAGCAAAUCUGCUGUUUGUAUAUUUACUAGCUGCCUUGUGCCUGGCAUUGCUCAGGAAUUCUAAGAAACUGAAAAUUCAGUCUAGUUUCAAAAGGUGCAGUCUCCUAUCUUGAUUCAAAAUGGUGUUCAACUUUAUCCAAGCAUAAACGAAAAAGCCUGCUCCCUGACCUUAAGAACUAUUGUGCUGCAUUUGGUUAGAAUAUUAACAGAUGUCCAAAGGCAGAGUGAACAAACAACUUCUCAAAAUAUGCUAUAGAUUCAUGCUUACAGUGGCAAACAUUGCAGGGAAUGAGACAGAGAUGCAUGUGUGGCAACCCAUAGGGACACGUUGUACAAGCACAUCAAGGGGCAGCUAUUGCACUGUGGUACACACUUGCUGUCGAUUUCCAGAUGUGCAUACUUAUUUUAUGCUUCAUAGAGUUUACAACUGCAAGCAGUAUCCAACAAUUGUUCUACUCGGCGUUAGCCUAUUAAAAUUAACAGGCAUGACAAAAUUAGAUCCAUUUAUUUUAGUGGGUUCAUUCUGAGUAAAACCUUGUUAGAUACAACCUAGAUUUUUAUACGUAAGAAAUAUGAAUUGAUCUUUGUUGGCUAGUCUUAGGCAAAGCCUAACUUUCCUUCAUCUAAGCUACCUCACUGAUUUGUCAUGGAGCUAAAAUUUUGCUUUGAACUUUUUGGGCAAAAUCUGCCUUGCGCUAAAACAACAGAAGUUCAACUUUUGUAGAAGGUUUGCAGAUUUAAAGUGAGCAGUUCUCCCUGAAUAAGCAGCAUCUUGUUUGUUUUUUGCUUUGAUAGAGUUCAGAAGCCGGCAGCCCUCAUCCAGCACUUUUUCCAACCUGUUGUUCCAACCUCCAGAGAAUACAGGCUCCUCAGCACCUGUCGUGAAUGAGCCACUUAUAGCCGCACAUCCCAUAGUUCAAGCAGGGAUGCAACAGAUGGGUAACUGAAACUUCUCUAGCAUGUCACAGUCUCCCAUUUUCUUUCCGUGCAUGCAAGAACCAUUUGGAUUGGUCUGUCCCAGCUUGGUGCCCUCCAGAUAUUUUAGAAGGCUGAAGGGAGUUGUAGCCCAGAACAUCUGGGGGGCACCAGUUUGGGGAAGACUGGCUUGGAUAGCUGCUGCUGGAGAUACACCAAGAUGUCUUUGUGGAUUGCAAUCAGUUGCCAUUCUAUGUGUGAGCAUGAGCAGCAUGGUGGAGUUCAGUUAUCUGUGGUACAUAUGCAGCCCUUGAGAAAGCCUCUUUCUGUGUGGGCAAACCCGAAAAUAUACUCACUGUGAGAUGAUGCAGGAUGGGCUGGUGGCAGCAUGACUAAGCCGCUCCUGGCGAACCAGAGCAGUGCACGGAAACGCUGUUUACCUUCCCACCAGAGCGGUACCUAUUUAUCUACUUGCAUUUUGACGUGGUUUCGAACUGCUAGGUUGGCAGGAGCAGGGACCGAGCAACGGGAGCUCACCCCAUCAUGGGGAUUUGAACCGCCGACCUUCUGAUCGGCAAGUUCUAGGCUCUGUGGUUUAACCCACGGCGCCACCCGCGUCCCCUUUGCAUGAUUACUUGGGAGCAAAUCACUUGAAUCCAACGGGAUUUACUUCUGAGUAGACAAAUGCAAGAUUGCAGGAUGUUUGUCAGUGUUCAGUCCUCGGCAUUCUUUUCCAGCACAGAACUGUUAAGGCAAGUAAGGGCUUGCUCUGUUGGAUUAUUGAAAGCCAUGCAUUUUUACCCGGAUGAAGAAAGCCCCUCUAAAAUUACUCUUUCUCAUUGACCUAGCGCCUGACCACCUGCCAACAACAGCAAGCCUCCCAGUUUACAAUGGCAAAGACUCUCCCCAGCAACACUCGAUGAAAAGCAAUGUCUCUUCCAUGACGAGACCAUCAGUAUUAGGUACCUUUGCUUAUGCAUUUAAUAUAUUCCCAUCCCACCCUUUAGGGCAAGCCCUCACAAGGCAGUUUAACAAUAAACACGUUAAAAACAAAAUGGUUGAAUAAAUAUAAUAAAAUGUGAGAUUUAAAACACAUACAGGGCCCAACAAUAAGAUCAAUUUAGAAACUUUGUGGUGUAAAACGAAUCUGUGGGAACUACCGUAUUUUUCGCUCCAUAGGACGCACUUUUUCCCCUCCAAAAAUGAAGGGGAAAUGUGUGUGCGUCCUAUGGAGCGAAUGCAGGCUUUCGCUGAAGCCUGGAGAGCGAGAGGCAUCGGUGCGCACCGACCCUCUCGCUCUCCAGGCUUCAGGAAGCUAUCCGCAAGCCUUGCAAGCCCGGUGGGAGUUCCCGCGGGCUCACAAGGCUUGCAGGCAGCAGCCUGCAGCCCCGGCGAGUGUCCGCAAGCCUUGUGCGCCCGGCAGGAGGUCCCGCCGAGCGCGCGAGGCUUGGGGCAGCAGCCUGUCGCCCGAAGCACGGGGAGCCCUCCGGAGGGCUCCCCGUGCUUCCGGCGAGUGUCUGCAAGCCUCGCGCGCCCGGCAGGAGGUCCCGCCGAGCGCGCGAGGCUUGGGGCGGCAGCCUGUCGCCUGAAGCACGGGGAGCCCUCCGGAGGGCUCCCCGUGCUUCGGGCGCAUGUCUGCAAGCCUUGCGCGCCCGGCAGGAGGUCCCGCCGAGCGCGCGAGGCUUGGGGCGGCAGCCUGUCGCCCGAAGCACGGGGAGCCCUCCGGAGGGCUCCCCGUGCGUCGGGCGAGUGUCUGCAAGCCUUGCGCGCCCGGCAGGAUGUCCCGCCGAGCGCGCGAGGCAUGGGGUGGCAGCCUGUCGCCCGAAGCACGGGAGCCCUCCGGAGGGCUCCCGUGCUUGGCGAGUGUCUGCAAGCCUUGCGCGCCCGGCAGGAGGUCCCGCCGGCGCGCGAGGCUUGGGCGGCAGCCUGUCGCCCAAGCACGGGAGCCCUCCGGAGGGCUCCCGUGCUUCGGGAGUGUCUGCAAGCCUUGCGCGCCCGGCAGGAGGUCCCGCCGAGCGCGCGAGGCUUGGGGCGGCAGCCUGUCGCCCGAAGCACGGGAGCCCUCCGGAGGGCUCCCGUGCUCGGCGGGUGUCUGCAAGCCUUGCGCGCCCGGCAGGAGGUCCCGCCGAGCGCGCGAGGCUUCGGGCGGCAGCUUGUCGCCCGAGCACGGGAGCCCUCCGGAGGGCUCCCGUGCUUCGGGCGAGUGUCUGCAAGCCUCCCGCGCCCAGUGGGAGGUCCCACCGAGCGCCCGAGGCUUGGGGCGGUAGCCUGCAGCCCGAAGCAAGCGAGGCUUGGGGCGGCAGCUGCGGCGGCGGCGGGGGGGGGAUUUUUUUUAUUCAUUUCCCCCCCCCAAAAAACGAGGUGCGUCCUAUGGGCCGGUGCGCCCUAUAGAACGAAGAAUACGGUACUUAAAGGCAAGGUGAUGUUUGUUCUCAAGGGAGAAACACGGCAACACUGCAACGGCCCUGUCCCUGGUACUGAUUUGUCCAUAGAAUUGCUUCGUACCUUAACAGCGGGUAAAACACCUGCAUGGCUUAUGCCUAUGGCGCUAUGGGUGGCCUUUUAUACUGCACAUACGAGCCUCAGCUGAGCUUGGUCUUGAGCCUCUUUGUAAUAUAUGCAGGGAUAUAGUUUGUGGUUGGGCAGUGUUUACUUGGAGAACUGAUUCCAGAAGGUGCUUCUUGAAGACUACUGCUCAGCCCCAUGACAUUUGUGGUGUGGCACAUUCCUAAGGGCCAAAUUUCUUUCUGGGCUAUCUUCAGGGGCCAUAUUCUCUGGGUGGAACCAGAGACCAGAGCAAUGGAUAUUCCCCUCUGUUGGAAAGCUGGCCUUUGAGAGGCUUGCUUAGCCCCUAUUUUGAUGCCUUUUCAACACCUUUCACUUGCAGCUAUCAUUUUAUUGUUUGAUGUAUUUUGUACUUUUAUUGCAUAUUUCCCUCUUUUAUUGUUUGUUUUGUUGUAGAAGUCUUAGAAAGUGCACAAAGAUAGACAUUCUCACACUAUCAGUUGAUUGGAGGACUAAAUGUAUACGAAACUUAUUUCAAAAAUAAUGUACAAUUUCUUCUAGGCAUCAGGAAAAGCAACUAUGCCACUUGGCCACCAGAUAUUCCUAAUUUCUUUAUUACAUAGCUGGUUAAUAAACUUCAUUUACCUUCUUCAUAUUGUUCUCUAUUCUUUAACAUUGCUGUUACAUUCAGUUUUUCCUAAGUAUUUCUAGCUUAUUUGGUUGGUGGGUGUUCAUUGAACCUCUAACACAGGGUUUCCCAAACUCGGGUCUCCAGCUGUUUUUGGACUACAAUUCCCAUCAUCCUUGAUCACUGGUCGUGCUAGCUAGGGAUUAUGGGAGUUGUAGUCAAAAAACAACAACAACAAAAAACCAGCUGGAGACCCAAGUUUGGGAAACCCCGCCCUAGCAAUAUGAAAGUUUUGCUCUUUUAUUGUGACAUGCUCUGGAAAUACUGCUACUGAAGGGCGGUGUAUGAGUCCUUAAAAAUAAAAUGCAGUUCUUUGAUUUCAUGUUGUGAAUUAAUUCAGCAAGAAAUAUUACAGUGGGGAUUUCAGUCACUGUCCCACUGUUACAUUUAUAUAAUGCCACCUGAAAUAAUAGGUACAUUUUGCAACCAUUAUUUGUACGGCAGCCCCAUUGAAACCAAUGUGACUUAAUUUCUAAAUAGAUGGCUUUAAGGUCAGCUGAAUCUUUCUGAAAUGGAUUGCCCUCCCUGCUCUGAGAAUUAUUUUAAAUCAGUAGAUGUGCCAGUUCUGAACAAACUUAACAAGGACACAAUUUAAUGUUCUGGGCUGCCGGAAUUAAAUCUAGCACUUUCGGUGAAGAGCAACACUUCUUGUGCUGUAACUGUUCCACGAACAUAGUACACAGUGCCAGGAAUCAAAGUCUCCUAUUCAUAGAACAAGUACAGGACAAUAAACAUUAGUGCAAUCUUUGCUAGACAGCUCUGGCAAGCUGCUUCAUUUCUUCAUCUGCUUAGCCAGGGGUUAACUUUGCUUUGUGGACAGAACCAAUCGCUUGCUCAUUUGGAUAAUUGAUUUCAGUCCUUUUUAAAAAGAAGAUAGCUAUCAAAUUUGCUUACAUACAUCAACUAGAGACCCUGACAGGGGAUUUACAGUACUCGUGUUUGAUUGACCCUGGGGUUUUUCCCUGUGGGUUUGCUAGAGAAAGAUAAAUGAAUGGCUGAAAGUGUUCGUGCUGCCAUCAUGUGGUAGAAUUUUAAUAUAAAUAAAAGAGUGCCCCCCAAUGUUUAGCAUAAGGUUCUAAACCUGCAUUCGUUAAAGGCCAAACUAGUUAUGGAAGAUUUUUUGGUUUUGCUGGAGUUUUAACAGCUGCAUGUGACUUCUUUGAAGAUUGGAGAACAGGAGUUUCACCAGUUCUGCAAUCUAAAUACAGCGGUACCUCAGGUUACAGACGCUUCAGGUUACAAACUCCGCUAACCUAGAAAUAGUACCUCGGGUUAAGAACUUUGCUUCAGGAUGAGAACAAAUCAUGGGGCAGUAGCCUGGCAGCAGCAGGAGACCCCCAUUAGCUAAAGUGGUACCUCAGGUUAAGAACAGUUUCAGGUUAAGAACGGACCUCCAGAACGAAUUAAGUUCUUAAUCCGAGGCACCACUGUAGUCCCCUGCCUUGAGGAUAGUCCAGGGAGGACAUAACAGUUACCUGCAAUGCAAUGGGAACAGGGAAACUCAAUACCCAGUGAUAGCACAUUAUACUUUAUUUGCAAAAAAGUGGCAUCAUGCUGUUGUGGCAGCUGAAGGAGGAGUUAUUUCAGAAAGUAUUCUGGUAUAUCGUAAUUAUUAUGAUAUAUUUAUUUACAUUUCACCUUUUUCUCUGAGGGGACUCAAGGCAUCUUACAGAUAAAAACAAGAACUGCUACAACUUAGUAAGUCAAUCAUUAAAAUGCAAUUAAACAUUUAUACAUAUAUAUGCUUAAUAUAUUCCAAUAGAAAUAGCGUAGAAACAGCACAGCGCCAGCCCUUUAAUUAAAAGCAGCCAGUUCCCAAAGGCCUGUUGAAACAGGAAAGUCUUUGCCUGUCAGCGGAAGGACAACAAGGAGGGAGCCAGUUUAGCUUCUCUAGGGAGGGAGUUCCAGAGUCUGGGAGCAGCCACCGAGAAGGCCCUCUUCCAUGUCCCCAUCAAACGUGUGUGUGAGGAUGGUGAGACAGAGAAAGGGGCCUCAUUCAAAGAUCUCAAAACCCAGGCGGAUUUGUAUGAGGGAAUAUGGUCUUUCAGACAGCUUGGACCUAAGCCAUGCUUUACUCAAAUAGCCAUCAAAUAAGGUUGAAUAUUCACAAGGUAAGCCAUCCCCUUGCCCAAGAGGUCAUAUGAGUGUGCAGCAGACACCUGAUCUUAAAAUAAUGGUGUUGCUAUCUGGUACAGCAUUUGGUGUACUGUGUUUCUUUUUCAAAUGCUACUGUCCUCACUUUGAAGGCAGAAACGGACAGUAACUAUAAACAAUGGAGGUCUGCCAGUAACCUCCAGGUAAUGGUAGAUCCAGGUCUUGUUCUCCUUCAUAUUGUCUACGAUACUGUUUAAUAUCGUUGUGCAUUCUUUGUAACCAGUAGCAGGCAGUGGGGGGGGGGGAAGAAAAGUGUUUACCUGACCUCCUGGCAGGGGAGUUGCUGCUGUUUUCCUGGGAAGAAGAGGAGUGAGGUGGCAGGGAGGUGAAAAUGCACUGGCAGGAGCAACAGAUUGUCUUGGCUGAUGAGUUUGCCCCAAACGAACCACCCUGCCGCCGCCUUCCUCUCCUCCUCCCUCCCAAUAAGCAGCAGGGACUCACCUGUUGGGAGGUCAGGUAAGCAUCUCCAUCCUCUAUUGUUUGUAUCUUCUAGUACUUCUCUAGAAGUUGCUGUGGAUCUAUCCUCUUCUCUGCUGUUAUUUGCUGGUGAUGCAAUGUGCCAUUUCUAACUUUUGAAAAUCUGCUUCAUGGUUUGUUGAAUGAACAUAGAUUGAGUACUAUUGAUAUUGGCUGGGUUUUUGUUUUUUUUUUGUAUGUGUUUAGUUUUUGCAUACUGCCUUGGGCCUGUGCAGAGCGAUUUUUAAAAUAUAUAUAAAGAAACUAUUUCUAUGUUCAGGCAUGUGCUUUUCCUGAAAGAUGUGGGUCCUUUUAAAAUAGUAGUUUCUGGAUUGUUUAUGUUAUCUAGGCACUUUAGCAAACCCAGGGCCUCCUAAAAAACGCCACAAAGGAUGGUCACCUGAGUCUCCAUCAUCCAAUGAAGCCUGGAAUUUGCAGCCCAAUCCACCACUCACAAGUAGAAGCAAAAAUGGUAAGUGAGGAUGAUGAUGAUGGAGAUGAUGAUUUAAAUGCCUCUGGGCGCAUGCCUGUUUGUAAAUUAGCAGACCUAAGAACUCUGACAGCUGAUAUAAUAAGUUGUUGGGUUGGGAAGGACAGCAUUGACAGGAGCAAUCGGUGCUUAAGUUUUAUUUUUGGCUGUGACCGGGUUUGAAAGUGGAAGUGGAUUGUUGUCCUUCCCCCUUCAUCCAGCACAUUUUAACAAGUAUCUAUGCUGCAGUCAUUUAUUUCUGGUUAAACUCUCUAAAUUGAUUCAUAGAUGGAGGCGGAGGAGGAGGAGGCGGAGGGCUGUCCUGCUUACCUCACACUGCCGUGGCAGGACCAGUGUCUUCUCCAAUGGUGGCCUCCGGAGAGCCAGUUUCAGUUCCUGAUAAUUUGCUUAAAAUAUUUAAAGCAAAGCCCGUCAUAUUUAAAGGUAACAUAGUGUAUACAAUAAGCACUUCAAAACAAGUGUGGCCUACUUUUUCUUUUAAAAAAAACCCUAAACUAUUAAGACAUUCAGUUAUCUUGCCUUGGAUACCUGGCAUCUAAUAAGUUGUACUUUGUUUCACAGGGCAUGGAAAUUUUCCUUACCUUUGCGGGAACCUUAGUGAUGUCGUAGUGAGUCCUCUUUUGUAUACGUGUUACAAGAACGCUCAGUCUCUCUCUAGGGCUUAUGAGCAAUAUGGUGCCUCCACAAUGCAGCCAAUUUCAGAGGAGAUGCAGCUCUUACUCACAGUCUAUUAUCUCGUUCAACUUGGUGAGUUUUCCUCCAUCAAACGAGAGCAAAUAUUUUGAUAUGAAUAGGCAGAUCUACAAACGGUAAUUGAAAAAGAUAUUGAGGGGGGCAUUCAAAGUAGAGUCCUUUCAGAUGUGCAAGCUUGCCAAAUGGAACAAUCCCCCUUUCCUCCCAAACAUGUGCUUUUCUGGGGGUUCUCCUGAACCCCCCCCCCGAGCCAAUUCCCAGGAGAGGGGAUCACCCUGUUGCACAGGCAGAAGUCCUUGCACAAGGCUUCUGCCAACAGUGAAUCCUGCCCACUACUUGAAAUUCAAUGUUGCACUAAGUUAAAGUCCCUUAGCGGAUAGGCACUUGCAUGCCAAGACCCCGCGAUCACAGUUCCCUAGAGGGAUGAAUAACCACACCUAGGACAACAGCAUUUUUGGUUUUUGGCUUGAAUAUGGCCACAGCUUUAUUGGUUACAGUAGAGAUUGGUUUGGCGUAGGCAUUGGGUAAGCAGUUCCUAUUCCACUCCAGUCUAUCUGCUGGGAGUGCGUCUAAGGGUAAACCAAAACCGGGGGGGGGGGAGCCCUAUGAUUUACAUCAAUUAGGGGUACCCCCCGCGGGUCCCCAUUGGAGGAGUGGUAUGCCCUAACCUGGGCAUCAGACAGAGCCACUCCUCCUGGAUCCUUUUAACAGGAUACCCUUUCCCAAGGAGGGGCAGGCAGAGGUUCCAACCUCCUCUCCACCAAAGAUCUGGGUUCACCCAGUGCCUUACCACCACCCAAGCCAGAGUUGACUCACCUAAUAGGCACUUCUUCAGGUAUUUGUAUCUUGAAACUUAUAGGUAAGCAUCAGCAACUUAAAUAUGUCUUGGAAGUAAAUAGGCAGCCAGUGCAGAUUUAAAAAUGAGGGCAAUAUGAACAAGUCUGAUUGUAUCUGUCAAAAUUCUGGUAGUAACUGCAUUGAAAUUAGAAAUAGUAAUAGUGGAACCUCUAAUGAGAAAGAUGCAAACUUUCUCGAAGCAAUAAUAAUAAUAAUUUCUAAAUGUAUCUCCAUAUUUUACCAAGCAUUAUGAUCUCCUGAUAUUAUCCAUUGCCAUGUGGACUAGAAUUAUCACUUACAAUAAGAUGCAAAUUGAACGCUGUGGAGUUCAAUUUGAGUUACCUGGGGAUUGCAUAUUUUGCCUACAAAGGACAUAGAGAGCACAAGAUCUGCGGGUGGUUUUCUCAUGCUGCAGAAUUGGUCUUGGCUGGUGCAAAAGCAACAGAUCAUUUCUGCUGUAGUUUAGGAAAGUCUGUGGCGUGACAUGCGUAAACCCAAAACCAUUAGUCCUUUAAUUAUGCUCCGAGCACGGCAAGGGGAGACCUAGUUUUGGUAGUAGAUUUAAGUCCUAACAUUUGCCUGCUUUUGAUGCCAUGUUGAUGUUUCCAUAGCUUCAGACCAGGUGCCUUUGAUUGAGGACUUGGAACAGAUCUUCAUGCGUUCAUGGCGGGAGUCUCAUCUUUCUGAAAUUCGUCAAUACCAACAGGCCAUCCCACAAGCUUUCCCUCAGGUUCCUGGCCCAAUUGCCCCAGUGACAUCAGCUCAGCUUCCCUGGCUGGCGGGACUGGCAGCCAGCUCAUGUAAUGACAGUGUCCACAUCAUUGAGUGCAACUAUUCUUUAGCGGAGGGGCUCUCAGAAAUGUUUAAGAUGCUCGUUGAGGGAAAGCUAGUGAAGACCAACUAUGUGGUGAUCAUAUGCGCUUGUAGAAACAGAACUAUUGACUCUUGCAUUGCUGUAACAGGUGAGCUGCUAAAGCAAUACGUGGACCUUUCUAGCAUUCUUGUUAUAGAGUGGCUUUUGCCCCAGCUGUUAGCAGGCUAAUGGGCAAAAGGCUUUAACUGUUGGCAUGUACGAAGUAGAAUUUCAUAUACCUGGUGAUGUACAAGAGCACAUUUGCAUACCUCCCAACAUUUCUCUGAUGAAAAUAGGGGUGUCCUAUUCAAUCAUCAUCAUCACCAUCAUAUAUUUUUAUUUAUACCCCACACAUCUGACUGAGUUGUCCCAGCCAUUCUAGGUGGCUUACAGAAUACAUAAAAAUAAUGAAACAUUGGACAUUAAAAAAAAACCUUCCCUAUAUAGGGCUGCCUUCAGAUGCCUACCAAAGGUUGUACAGGUUACUUAUCUCCUUGCAUGAGGUUACUUACCUCCUUGACUUGGGGGUCACUUAAAUCCAUAUCCUUCAAUUUUCAAUGAAAAUAGGGACAUCCGAAGGAAAAGCGGGACAUUCCAGGAUCAAAUCAGAAACCGGGCCAGCUUCUGUAAAUCUGGGACUGUCCUUGGAAGACAGGCAGUUGGAUCCAAUGAUUUUAUAUAGCAUAUUCUGUCUUUGCACUCCACACAUAUUUGGGUCUUCGGUCUUUUCUUUAGGUUUGCAUCUGACAAAGGGCUCAUCCAGGCUUCUUUCUGUGCCAUGCAUAGGUCUGCACUCUAAAACUACACGCCUGGGCACUUUUUUUAUUGCCCUGCUGCUUUCCCUAGGAAAACCCACUCUUUAUCACUGAAUCGGAACAAAGGUCAAUUCGGGUUUUGAAAGGAUUGCUGUUUGGUCCGAUUCAGUGGUAAAGGAAGUCUGGAUGAGCCCUUACUUUUACAUUUAUAUCCCACUUUUCCUCUGUGGGUGGUGUAUAUGGUUCUCCGUCUGCUGGUUUUAUUCUCAUAGCAACCCUGUUAAGCAGUAAUACAGUAACUGGCCCAAAGUCACUCAGUGAGCUUCAUGACCGAGUGGGGAUUUGAACCCUGGUCUCCCAAGUCCUAGUCCAGCUCUCUAACCACUACACCACAUGGGCUGCCUUUACUACCCCCCUUCAUCCAACUUUAGCUUGGCUGGAUGACCACACUGUCCUGUGGCCAGAAAUGGAGCCACUGUAGUGUCAAACUGUAGUGUUUGACCAGGUAAACUGCACCUCUAAAGAAGAAGCAUUAUAUAGAAUUAACCAACAAUGAUACUACUUUCAAACAGGCUAAAUGAGUUCUAUCCCUAAUUCUUUAGAUUCUACUCAAGAUUCAGGUUUCUGAAUUAUUUUCAGGAGGGAAUUGACUGUCAGGUGUCACUUAGAAACACUUGAAAUGGCCAAAGAAGGUGAAGCGAAGUAGGGUAGAGUGACCCUAUAAAGCAGGGGUAGCCAAUGUAGUGCCCUCCUGAUAUUUUUUGGACUACAGCACCCACAAUCCCUGAUCAUUGGCUUUCCUAGCAGGGGUUGAUGGGAGUUGGAGUCCUGCAACAUCUGGGAGUCACCAUGUUUUCUACCUCUGGUAAAAGCUGUAAGCACAUUUGUGGGGGAAAACAUAAUGGUGUACCUAAAUUAAAUUGUGAUCCUAAAGAUUGUGUUUGGCCAUUGUUUUCCUUACUUUUCUUUGAGUCUCUGACAAAAUCUGUGGGGCCAUAGUAUAUGAUAAUGCAGAUGUUAGUGGGAAAAGUUACCUCCCCCAACUUUCUUCCAAGGAACUUGGCAGCUGAUGUAAUCUCCCAUCCAGAAACCAACCAGACCCAGAUUGGCCUAGCUUCAGGAAGAUAAUAAUAAUAAUAAUAAUAAUAAUAAUAAUAAUAAUAAUAUAUUAUUUAUACCCCACCCAUCUGGCUGGGCUUCCCCAGUCACUCUGGGCGGCUUCCAAAAAAAUAUUAAAAUACUGUAGUACAUCAAACACUAAAAGCUUCCCUAAACAGGGCUGCCUUCAGAUGUCUUCUAAAAGUCUGGUAGUUCUCUUUGACAUCUGGUGGUAGGGUUAUCAUGCGCCUUUAGGUGUUUAGAUCAGAGGUUUUCAACCUUUUUGAGGCCACGUCUCCCUUGGCCAACUACAUUCUAUCUGCGGUACCCCUGUGGGGCUCAGGAGCCCAGUUAUGUCACACUUUGACUACAGAGCUGGCAGUUUCUCACACUUCUUUGAACACUUUCCCUUGUGGAGAGUUCCCUCAGCCUCCUCUCCUCUCCCCUCUCCUUGGGAGCCCUCCGGGCAGCUGCUGCUGCCAUCCCUCGUCUCUGAGCUGCCCCCGCAGCCACCCCAAAGGCACCAUUCACCUGCGGAGCUUAGCCAGGGCUGCUGCAAUAAACAGCCAUGCAAGCCUUUGGGAGGCAGAGACAUGAGAGAGCAUCAGAGGAAGGGAGGGAAGGAAGGAGGGACAGAGGCCAAUGUUGCCUGCAGCACCCCUGACCAUCAUUGAAGGCACCCUAGGGUGCCCCAGCACACUGAUUGAAAACUCUGGUUUAGAUGUAUAAGUGUCUCAGUUGCAUGUGAACCCCUUCCCCCCUUUUUUAUGUCUCUUAGGGAAGUACCAAGCAAGAAUACUAUCUGAAAGCAUGCUCAGUCCAGCGGAAUACCAGAAAGAAGUUAGUUAUGAACUCGCUACAGGGAAAGUAGAGGCUCUGGGGGCCUUCUUCAGUACUCUCUGCCCAGGUACGUCAUGGGACAUCUAUCAAGAGGCAUUUGUCUGAAAGACUUUCUGAGAACUUAGACCAUAGGUGUCUAUGUAUAGACAACGUUUUAAAAUCCAGUUGUUAAGCAGUUGCCGCAGCCUGCACAGACUCAGGAUUCCGUUAUCAAAAAUGUGACCAAAUGCCACGUUAGAAUAUUCACCCUGGAUUUCACAUCCUGCACUUGCAGGAUUUCAUGCCAGAGCCCAUCCACAGUCUUUAAAUAUUUCUCUUUCUAUGUAAGGAACAGGGGUCUAGCCUUUUUGUUGGGUGUCAUGCUGCUUUGCACAGGUUACAUGGCUUGGGAGAUGCUAAGAUUUAAAUGGUUUCCAUAACACAAAAAAUGGUGGCAGUUUCUUCCCCCUUUCAUUCCGCCAGAUGGUGAUGUUGAUGUGUUGCUGGACAAAUUUUAUCAAGAAAACAGGUCCCACAUUUCAUCGUCGCUCUCUGGUUUAGUGAACAAACCAGCAGCGGGGGAUGCAGCUGGAACAGCUGUUUGCGCGAGUAAGUGGUUUGUGAAUGUAACAUAUAAGGACAUUUGCCUUUUCAGAAUUGUGUCCCUCUCACUUCUUUCCUCCAAGGCAUUUGGAGUGGAACAUUCACCUCGCAAAGACCCUGUCUGUGUACACACUCGCAUUUGCUCCGCGUCCAGGGUGCUCCCACCCUUUCUUUGGGAAGCAGUGGGCGGAGAAAUUGGGGCCGUUUCACCAAACCUCUUGGUGGUGGGGAGCAGCUUGCCAAGAGUUUCUUGGAAGAAGGGCUUGCCAUUAGUAGUGGCGAGAGCACAGCUUUCCCCCAUAAAAGAUUUAUUCAACUAAUGGUGAUGGAAGUGGCAGUGGCAACAACAACCAUGUUUGCGCCCUGCCCACUAUUUCGCAUCUUCCACAAUGUCACAAAUCUGGUGUUAUUCUGGAGCUUUGGACAGGGAAAACAGGGGCUGCUACACACACACAAAAUGGUAGGGAAUAUUCAGAGAGAAUUCUGCAAACAGGCCUUCUUUAGAAAAAGGCAAGAAUGAAGCAACUGACAUAAGGGCAGACUGCAAAAUGCAUGGGGAAUAGAGGACCCAUGCCUUCCCCUAUGUAACUGAGCCUUUUAUUUUUCUUGGACAUACCUUACAGCUCUUUGAGAACCCCCUAGUUGCCUCCAUGCGGCCCCAGCUCCUUGCUCCAAUCCAAGAUCCUCCAUGCAUAUCUCCCCCUGUGGAGUCACGUGAUCAGAUCAUGUUGAUCUAGAGCAGAGAGCUGAAGCAAACUUAGAUGUCCUGCUCCAUAUCUCACAUGGCUAUCUAUAACAUUCAUGCUAUAAAUAAAGUUAAGGUCUGACUCUCUUUCUCUUUCACCAUCCUUUUCUCUCUCUCUCCCCCUCUAGGUUAUAACCUUGAGCACCAUCAGAUCCGCCCCUUCCAGCUUGCAGUGGCUCAGAAAUUGCUUUCCCAUGUUUGCUCCAUCGCAGACUCCAGCACUCAAAACCUUGACUUGGGUUCCUUUGAGAAAGUCGAUUUUCUGAUCUGCGUCCCUCCUUCGGAAGUGACUUAUCAGCAGACGCUGUUCCACCUCUGGCAUUCAGGUACCGGUUGCCGAAAAACGCGUACAAAAAUCACAGUUGGCAACGCCGGCUUUUUGACUGUCCGAUAGUCAUUCGUUGUCUUCCUUUAGGUGUCUUGUUGGAACUUGGUUUGGAGAAGGAGCACCUUACCAAGCAGAGGGUGGAGCAAUAUGUGGUCAAACUCGAUGCAGAAGCCCAGACUAAGUUUAAAGCCUUCUUACAAAACUCGAUGCAGAAUCCACACACGCUCUUUGUGCUGAUCCAUGACCAUGCUCACUGGGACCUUGUAAGGUAAGAAAGAGUUCAUUUCCCAGAUUAUGAUGUUAGCAAUGAGACACCGGUUGCAAUAGACAAUUAUAUUGCAUUGUACAAUCAUUUCCAAAGACAAACCUGCUUCUUUUGACACUGGCUGUGUGAUGCCACAGCUGCACUACAAAUAAUUUUCCUUAAUACAACUUCAGUUCUUUAUAUUACAGUCAUUGUCAAAAAUGCAUCCUCAGUGUCUGAGUAGUAAAGUGCUUUUUUAAAAAUAAUAAUAAUAAUUUCAUUAAAGGUGACCCAAAGAUCGCUCUUUUGAUAGUUGUUAUUGUUGUUUUUAAUUGAUGCAUAUGUAUCAAUUUUACCCUGUGUCAGGGAUGGGGAACCUGUGGCCCUCCAGAGGUUGGAUUCUGUCUCCCAUCAGCUCCAGCCAGCAUGGCCAAUGGUCAGAGAAGGUUGGGUUUGCCAUAUACAGGGCUUUUUUCCCAGGGGGAACUCGCCAGAACUCAGUCCUGGCAACUCUCAGGUAGGUUCCAUUGCCAUACUAAGAGAAAGAGGGAGGCGUUCAUGGUGAGUUCCAGCACCUCCUUUUCUAGAAAAAGAGUACUGACCAUAUAGUAAAAUUGUGCACUCUCAUUUGCUUGUUUUUGUUUUGUUUUGUUUUGUUUUUUACAGUGCAGUUCACAGCCUUUAUCCUCAGUCCGAUCCUGCCAUGGGGCUCGUGGACAGGCUGCUCAACUGCAGAGAGGUGAAAGACGCUCCAAAUAUCGUGACGCUUCACGUGACUUCCUUCCCCUAUGCCCUGCAGACGCAACACACCCGCAUCAGCCCUUAUAAUGAAAUCCACUGGCCGUCAUUAUACAACAAUGUAAGAAGUUAACGCUUAGGAUCUAUGGGAGCUUUUUCUUUUUUCCCUUUAAUGCCUGGUCUGGCUGUUAACGACCACAGCGUUACGUUCCAAAGCAAAGCUGUUAUGCAAAAUGAUGGGGCUCACAUCCAUGUUUGCUGAUCUCCAGUCACUUCUCUUGGCUCUUCUGAAUCCCUUUACCUUUUCCUUUACCCCUUGAUUCUCUCCCCUCUACUUUUAUUCCUACCAAAACAGAACCUUAUUGAAGGCGCGAUUGGGAUCUGUUGAUUACAAAAGAGCACAUCAUAUUCUCUGUGCUCUAGUACAUCUGCAGCACCACCAAAAUGCUGGGGUAUAAAGGAUAACAGAAUUGCAGAGUUAGAAGGGACCAUGGGGGUCAUCUAGUCCAACACCCUGCAAUGCAAUAUUCCCCCCCCCCAUGUGGGACUCAAACCCACAACCCUGAGGUUAAGAGUUUCAUGCUCUGCUGACUGAGCUAUCCCAGAACAGAUUCUUUAGGGCAGAGCUUGUGUUGCAACACGUUAGUGUGUCAGCUGCAGUGUGUAGGUGUGUCGCGUGAACGAACCCGUGCUCCUCCCAGGCCUGGAAAGGGGGGUCAGUUUAAUCUCUGGUUUGCUAGUAAAACUGAAUUACUGUGUUACAAAAUGAUAACAUGUCUAAAAAGUGUGUUGCUGACGUGAAAAGUUUGGAAAGCUCUGCUCUAGUACGUGAGGAUGCUGAUUGCAUUAGGAGCAAAAGGCAGGAAAACUUGGGUCAGGGUUCAAUUAAACAGUUUCUCUAGCGGGGAGCCAGCAGAGUGAGUCCUGCUUAGUGCACCUGGGUAUUCCUUGUCCUCUUCUCCAUCCCAGCCCCCCCUCCCCCCCCCGAAUUGGCUGGUUGGGGGUCAGAACAACUUCCAGGUGGGAGGAGAGGGGAGAUCGUUACAUCUGGCAAACAGAAACACUUGCACUGAUGGAACAAUUGUAAUAGUGCAGUGUUGAAUUCCACCCCAAUAUCCACGCCGUGUCUAGCACACACUCUGUGCAUUGUGCUGCCUAAACUGCUUGCAUAGUUGAUCCAUCCCUGAGUGCAUACUGGUGAGGAUCAUGGUGGAGGAGGGAAGUAGGAUUGGCCACAGAGAAGGGACAAGGUCUUAUUCAUAGCCCUGUGUAUAUUUGCGAUAACCGGAUUGGUGAACUGUUAAAUCAUCAUCGCGAACAACCCUGUUAAUAGUCACUGUCAUUUAUUUCAAGGGUGUGGACUUGUACCAUGAAAACAAGAAGUACUACGGAUUGUCUGAGUUUAUCGAAUCCACUCUUUCCGGACACAGCCUUCCCUUGCUUCGUUAUGACAGCUCUUUUGAAGCAAUGGUCAUGGCUUUGGGGAAAAGGUACCGUGUUUGCCUUGCAGUGUGGUUAAAAUUUUAAAAAAGCAAUGUAGGUUGGUAGGUAGACUGUAGGUUUGAAUGGCUGACGGCAUUCUUUAUUCCUUUAGAUCUGCCCCUGAUAUAUAGUGAUAUAUACCUGCAUUGCCAUCUCAGUUCUGCUAAGUGGCUGGAUUGUGUCAGGCAGAUUAUCAAAAAGUAAUUUAGGGCCUAUCCACACUUACCUUUCUUCCAUGUUCUCCAGGCAUGGCCUGCCCUUUACAGCUCCUUGGCUGAGCGCUCUUGUUUUCUUGAGCAUUCCCCCAUAUUUCUGCAUACUGAGGGGGUCCCCCAAGUAUAUAGAAGCCACAGCUUUCUUUUUGGGCGGAUCCAUUUCACUUCCCAACCAAUAAGCAUUCAGUCAAUUAAGUUUGCCACCAGAGGGAAUAACAGUGUCCUAUGCUCAGCCUUGGGCUUGCCGAUCAAAAGGUCGGUGGUUCGAACCCCCGCGACGGGGUGAGCUCCCAUUGCUCGGUCCCUGCUCCUGCCAACCUAGCAGUUCAAAAGCACGUCAAAGUGCAAGUAGAUAAAUAGGUACCGCUCCAGCGGGAAGGUAAACGGCGUUUCCGUGCGCUGCUCUGGUGCCAGUGUUCCAUUGUGCCAGAAGUGGCUUAGUCAUGCUGGCCACAUGACCCAGAAAAACUCUGCGGAGUGGACAAACGCCAGCUCCCUCAGCCUGUAAAGCGAGAUGAGCGCUGCAACCCCAGAGUCGGUUGCGACUGGACUUAAUUGUCAGGGGUCCCUCUACCUUUACCUUUAUGCACACCACAAUGCUGCUCAAGGGGGCCAUCACUUUUUGCAAGCAAAGCAUCUGCACAGGCUCUCACUGCUUUCUGUUUUGUUUCAGGUUUCCUAGGUUGCACAGCGCCGUGAUAAGGACCUUCGUGCUCGUUCAGCACUACUCCGCAGCCAUGAUGGCGGUGUGUGGCUUGUCCCAGAUGAAAAACUAUACCACAGUGGAAACUCUAGAGAUCGCUCAGAACCUCAUCAAUUCUUCGCGCCAGUGCCCCAACGGACACGGGCUGAUGGUAGUCCUAAGGAUUCCGUGCAUACCUUUGGCGGCAGUCGCUUACGAGCGCCUCAACCACGUGAGGGAAAGGCUAGCCCUCGAAGACCAUUUCGAAAUCAUCCUGGGCAAUCCCAACUCUGGGAUCACCAUAGGGAAGCAUUUCGUAGAGCAGCUGAAGGUAAUACAGUGGUACCUCAGGUUACAUACGCUUCAGGUUACAUAUGCUUCAGGUUACAGACUCUGCUAACCCAGAAAUAGUGCUUCAGGUUAAGAACUUUGCUUCAGGAUGAGAACAGAAAUCGUGCUCUGGCGGCGCAGCGGCAGCAGGAGACCCCAUUAGCUAAAGUGGUUCUUCAGGUUAAGAACAGUUUCAGGUUAAGAACAGACCUCCGGAACGAAUUAAGUACUUAACAGGAGGUACCACUGUAAGCAGAACAGCUCUGCUCCAGCUGGAGUUCCAACCUCAGCUGUGCAGAUUAUGCCCGUGGUGGCUGGUGCCCAUUGGGACUGGUGGAGUGGAAGGCAAGGAGACCAGCAGUAGGCAGAGCCAGAGCCAGUGCAGGCAGGGUCACAUCCUGGACCAGUGGCAAGUCAGAAGGCAGGUGGGUGUGGGCUGGCUGAGGGCAGACUAAGGCUGGUGUGUCCAUGUUCCAUUUUCUCUAAUGUACUAGCCACCACUGCUGCUGUCACAGGAGCCUGCAGGUCAGUAAUAACACAGCUCAAAGUUGGAGUUAACUCUUCAUUAGCAAAAAUAUGAUCUCCACAGACUUGGUUGAGUGACAGGCCUAAUGAGCAAAGCGGCUCAUUCCCAGUGGUCAUGAAAACCAGUUGCCGAGACUGAAAGUUCCUGCCUCCUCAAAGCCAUCUAAGUCCCCUUCUGUCCAGAGCUUUCCUCAAGCAAUCAGGGACUGUGCCUGUGUACAGCCAAGUUCUCCUCUGCUCUUUUCAUGCCUCUUCUAGUUCUGGGAGACAAGGGAGGAGGGGAACUUGUCACAGCAAGAGGGGGAGGCAUGCAUGACUCUUCACCAGCCUGACUCAUCUUUGCCUCUUGGCCUCCCUCCUUCCACUCAUCUGCUUUAGCUUCUGCCUCUGAUUCUGGACUUCUCUCUGCCACAGGUUCUCCCAGCUCACUAAGCCCUGUUACCUCUUCAGCUUCUGACACUUCCUCCUCCCAGUUUCCCCCCUCUUUUCCCUCUGAUCACUCAUUGUUGAUCACCCCCUGGAUUCUGACCUUCUUCCCUUGGUGGUUCCCCAGCUGGUUCCUUCUACCAUUCCUUUGCGUCCAACCACUCCAUGACAGCUGCUGGUUAGCAGUGUCCAUUGACAAAAUGUGUUCCGCACCAGAGAAAAUAAAAGUCAUUUGAUGGGGCUUAUUUCAGAGUAGACAUGUGUAGGGUUGCCCAGUGCCUCUAAUAGUAAUAGUUCUAGUAGUAGUAGUAGUAGUAAUAAUAAUAAUAAUAAUUUAUAUCCCACCCUCCCCAGCCAAACUGGGCUCAGGGCAGCUAACAUCAAAAUAUAUAAUGCAUUAAAACAUAAAAUCCAGCAAUCGACUGAAAUACAGCUUAAAAUCAGAUUAAUAUCAGAAUAACUCAGAAUAAAUCAGAUGGCAACCCACAAUUUCUGAUACAAAUUCUGAUAUAAGCAUCCAAGAAGGGAUGCACUCCAAUGGCUGGCUUGUUGUCUCCUGACUCUCCAUUAUCUCUCCUGUUUACUUGGAAGUAAAUUCCAUAGGAGGAAUUCAACAUCGCUCUCUUCUGAUUGUUCCAGCAGUACAAGCUUUUUCAGCACAAGCUCCUCCUGCUGCAUGCUCUUCCAUGGGAAUCUUGUUUUUACUGUUGACUGUAUAUUUUUAAAAUUUAUCUGUGGAUUUGCAUUUUAAACAUGUAAGCCGCUUUGUGGAGGGCUUUGUCAAAAGAUGGAUUAUAAGUACCGUCAAUAAAGAGAAAAAUAAAUAAAUGUUCCUCUCUUAACCGUACUCUUGAAUGGGAGUAGAGAGUGAAUGAAGGGCCACUCAGCAUGUUCUUGGCUCAGCUGAGGUUUGAACCAGGGACUUGAUGGUUCACAGUUUUUAACCACGACUCCACAUUAUGACAGCUCGCAUGUACAGCAGCUCUUUCUCUAGAGUGAACUAUAAAACAGUGUGUUUCAAAUGUUUUGGCAGAUUUGGCAGAAGAUUGAAGAUGCCGAAUGGAGGCCUCAGACUUAUUUGGAACUGGAGGGACUGCCUUGCAUAUUGAUUUUUAGUGGAAUGGAUCCCCAAGGAGAGUCACUCCCAAGGUAAUCACACACACACACACACACACACACACACACACGUAUGAAUUGGAAAAUAGUUAUAUGAAAUACACACAUGUCCCUCAGGAAAGGGCUUUCUUGUUCCACGGCUGUGCCUUGCAAAAUUCCAUCCUUGCCCACUGAAUUGAAGCUUGGUUAAGAUUUCCAGAUAAGAUCAGAUUCAGUGGAAAAGACUGGAUUUUUGCAAGAAACAACCAUGGAACAAGGAAAUCUCUUGGAUCCAGGGGAAUUAAGCAGUACACAUAAACUAGGGUUCAAAAUAAAGUGUGGAUGUGCCCUAAAUUGCAACAGUCAAGGUGUUAUUGAAAUGCAACAGGAUUUUGCCGCGCUGCUUUAUCUAAACAUCCCAGAUGGACAGGAAAUGACAACAGAUAAGUGCUUUCAGUUAUUAUCGUAGUAAUGUUGUGGAAUUCACCUGGUCUUUCAGUCUGUCUCUCUUCCUGUCUGUCCCACCAAGGUCCUUGAGGUACUGUGACCUACGUCUGAUAAAUUCCUCCUGCUUGGUGAGAACAGCCCUGGAGCAAGAACUGGGCUUGGCAGCCUAUUUUGUAAGUUCUGAAGUCCCCGUGGAAAAAGCAGUAGGCACAAAUGAUGUCCUGGAGAGUGACCCAGAGAAGCUAAGCAGUACUGAUAACGAAGAUGAAGAAACAGUAACAGAAGGUAAAGGGAUAUCCAUAGGACCAUUGACCUGAAAAGGGGGCGGGAGACAUUUGUGAGCUUCCAUCACCCCUGGCUGUUAGCCGUGCUGGCCAAGAUUGAUGGGAGUUGGGAGUCCAGCAACAUCUGGAGGAGGAUAUAGGCUGUUCGCCCCUACUCUGCUUCUCUAGUCUUUUGCAUUUUUAAGUUAGAUGGAUCAUGUCCAGCAAAUGUAAACACAACUUCCAUUUCUUCACAAUUGUGGAAUAGGCUCCUCUUCGGAAAAGAGAAGCCCCAUCAAAAGAGAAAGGUCUGGCUCACACGAUUCUACUGCUUCCUCUGUCUCUUCUAAAGCAUCAAGUAAGACAUCAGCAUGACUCCUUUACAAUAUGUACAUUGGGGACCGAAAUCCUAAUGAUUUAACCCGUGUUGCUAAUGCUGUGGUUGCUUGGCUUUUGCCAUCACUCCUACAAAAGGGGCCAGACAGACAGACAUGAUAAAGGCAACACUCACUUCUCCCUGAGAAAUCUCCACUUCACUGCAUUUGACAUGGUUGUGUGAAUUGCGCCUUAGCUUUUGUGUACUGAAGGAAGACUUACUGUGAUGCAAUAAGGGAAAAGCCACACUCUGGGCUCAAGUGGAGUGGUGCACUAUACAAUCUACCUUUCCACUUGUAUUUAUCACUGAUAAAUAAUUAUCUCUGGGAUUAUAUAUUGGGUCAGGGGGAUAUCUCAGCCUUCAGUUGCCACUAAUGAUUGAACAGAGCACUCUUAUUAAGUUAUGGAUUUUGUCCAUAGGCACAGCUUUCUGCAGCGAAACAUCUCCUCCUUUGGUAACUGCAGGGGAGGUGGGAAAGUCUCCCCAUCCGGUACUCAGCAGCAGCACCGAAGAGAGCGUGAAUAACUCCGAAAAGCAGAGACCGAAAGCAGACAGAGACUCAAAGCUGGAAGCCAAACCUGCUCGGGCCUCCAUCACUUCGUCGCCUCCACCUCCUUUCUCAUCUCCCUCUGCCUCUUCAGCACCUGCCCACAGCUCUUUCGUUCUGCAGGCCUCUCAGUGCUCCAUGACCAAAGCAUCCCAGCAGCCCCCCAUCGUUUACCUGCCCAAACUGGUUCAUGACAUGGUUACUUCUGCAGACAGCACAGGGCUUCCCAAGUCAUCGUCCCUCUUGCCUUACCAUUCGGUCAUGUGGGCCAGUUCUUUCCGCCCGCUCAUGAGCAAGAUGAUGACCUGCACCGAGCAGUCUCUAUAUUAUCGCCAGUGGACCGUCCCCAAACCGAUCCAUAUGGACUAUAACAACAGGAAUGAAGGCAGGAUGGAUACCUUUCAUCCAAGGAGGCUGCUACUGAGUGGACCACCACAGGUAGGUAACAAGAAAAGGGACACCAUUUUUUAUUAUUAUUAUUAUUAUUAUUAUUAUUAUUAUUAUUAUUAUAUCAUUGUGCAUUUUGCCUCUCCGUUUCAUGUAGGAGGAAUGUCAUCAUAUCUGGGCUUUGAAUCAAGCUGCAUUGGUCACCUGACUUUUCAGACACCUGAAAUGAUACUUUAAUGUGCUUAGAUUUCAUAAGCUACUUCUAUAAGUUUCUGAUGUGUAUCUUUACAGAUAGGGAAGACAGGUGCCUAUCUGCAAUUCCUCAGUAUUUUAUCUAGAAUGCUGAUUCGGUUGACGGAAGUAGACGUUUAUGACGAAGAGGAGAUCAAUGCUGGUAUGUCCUACAUGUCAAACCUUGGAUGAAUAAUUUGUAACUGUUAAUGAGAAGUUGAGUGUUUUAUUGCUGUGCUCUUAAUCCCCCCCCCCAUGUUCAUUUAUUUCAGUCUUCAGUUAACGCAGCCAUUACCAAAGGCUGGCAGUCAGGCAAAGACAAUAAGAAUCGCCCUUCCUUCCUUCUAUAUUGAAUAGUUAAUUAUUUUUGAGUUUGCAUUUUUGAAUGAUGAAAAGGGUAUAACAGUGUGCAUAGCAUGAGUUUGUUUUCCUGUGAUUGUAGAUCUUAAAGAAGAAUCAGAGCUGUACUAUCACCAGUCAGGGGACGCGUGGCCCGAUCUGGAAACUUUCAAGAAAAUGCCUUUCGACUACACAAUCCAUGAUCCAAAAUACGAAGAUGCAAGUCUCAUCUGUUCAAGGGUCCAGAAAACAAGCAGCGAAGGUCAGGGAUAGUUAUUUAUUCAGUUAUUCUGACCAGACACCUGUUUGGUAAUGAUCUUUCAUGCCAUAAAACGGUCCAGUUAGAAUGUAUUGAUCAGAAUCUGUUUGUUGUUUUUUUGCAUUCCAUUGAUGAGAAGUGUGGGGAAUGACACUCAUUUGGGAUUAUGGGCAUUCAGUACAAUUCUGAAUUAAGUACUUAAGGACUUCAGUGAGACCACUAAUCUCUAGCUAGUUCUGCUUUCUAAUCUGAUUGCCUUGAUUGCUCUAGUCCUAAAACUCAGACGACAGCGAUGGGGAACCUGAGUCCCUCCAGCCAUUUUUUGGAUUUCAACUCCCAUCAGCCACAGCCAGCAUGACCCAUGGCCAGCAAAGAUUGGGAGCUGGAGUCUAAUAAUGUCGGGGUGUGUGUAAAGGGGUACACCCUGCUCACAGCCACCUUUUCCCAGUGUUUGCCUUUUGAUUCCUCAAGUCCCCAGCAUAUGGCAUAAAUUGAAAAGAAGAAGGGAGCAAUGGGAAGUCUCUUUCUUAAACUGUCACAAAGUAUGGUUUGUGAACUGUUGAGACUGAUGAGCUGUAAUUUGGGCACUGGUGUUACCAUCAAUGUAAAGCGCUCUAUUAGAGUCAUGGAUUCUCCCAAAGGUUUCAUGGGAAAUGUAGUUUGUUAAGGGUCUCCUUACAACUUUCAUCAUCGCCCUGUUUCCCAGGAUUCUUUGUGGGGGGAGCCAUGUCUGUUACAUUGGUAUAAGAGCACUUUAAAUGUGUGGUGCGGGAUGUGACCAUAAUCUUGCUAAAACUACAACAAUGCUGUGACUUAUUUUGUGUGUGUCUGUGUGUUUGUACACACACACACACAUGCAUAUAUCAUGCACAUAUUUAUUCUAUUUAUAUGCAUCCCUUCAUCUGAAGUUCACAGGGUGGUUUAUAACAUAAACCCGUAAGAAGCACACUCUGAGGAGGACUUAGCAAUGCCACUAGAGGGUGCUAGUGAAGAAUAGAAUUGGAAGGGAACUGAGAGUCAUCUAGUUCAAUUCCCUACAGCAGGCAUAGGCAAACUCGGCUCUCCACAUGUUUUGAGACUACAAUUCCCAUCAUCCCUGACCACUGGUCCUGUUAGCUAGGGAUCAUGAGAUUUGUAGUCCCAAAACAUCUGGAGGGACGAGUUUGCCUACAGGAUAAUUUGUGAUUUCCAAAUAAUAUUAAUAUUUAUAAUAUUUAUGAUAAUCUUAUCACACAUGUAGCACUGUAGAGCAAUCAGAGCACAUUACAUUUACUGCCUCGUUUGUUAACUUUAAAGCUGAACUGAAAUGGAAACAAAUAUGUCAGUUACAGUGACAUAUGGCAGUGGUUUAUGUCAAACAGCAUGAGAAAUGUUUUUCAAAGAUGUUGGUGGGUACAGAAAUUAUUUACAUAUAGACAGACGAAUAGAUUGAGAACAAUGUUUACAGUAAACAUGUCAACACUCCCAUGAGAAUAGCAACUUUUUCCGGAUUCCUUUUUGAUUGCAACCAGUAUAAUUUUGCAUUCAGAAGAUACUCAAGGAUGGGGCAAUUCCUUUGCGCUGGCCAGUGCUCACUUAACUGACACCAUUAAAAUAUAUUUGUACAGAUAGUACAGCAAGCAGAAAACAAGAGGACUUGUAUAUGCGUCGUCAGACAACACGGAUGAGAUUAUCCAAAUACGCUGCUUACAACACUUACCAUCACUGUGAACAGUGUCAUCAGUAUAUGGGCUUUAACCCCAGGUACCAGGUAAGAUUGAUAGAGCCCUUUUAGUUUUGUUUUUGUACAUUAUUCUCUGUCAGCUGUUCUCCCAUUCAUCUUGGUUUGUCUUCUGAUUUUUCUAAGGGUCAGGCCAAUUAUUUGGAUGAUCUUGAAUAUUGGCUGCCUUGUUUUAGGGCUAGAUUUAAUUUCUGCUGUACUUGACGGAUGCUUUUACGCUACUCCCUAUAACGAAUGGCUCUUCCAUUGUGGGAAUGGAGCAAGAGAAACAUUAACUCUUUUUGAAAUAUAACUCUGUAAGAUGAUCAAAAUACCUUAUUUUACUCCCAUCCUCUUAAGAUAUGCAGGAAGGACAAUUGAAUGGCAUUUGGCUGACUGCUUAUUGGCUAACCCGAACAAAAUAUUAAUGGAAAGAGCUACUAGAUUUUUCGUGUUUGCUGCAAAGACCCCUAAAAAGAUUUUGUUAAUUUAGUUGUAUCUUUGUUUGUUCCUGCCCUUAGUUUAUAUAACUACUAUAUCUUUUAACCUGAUAUAUGUUAGAAACUUUGACCAAACUGCGGGAGGCAGUGGAAGACAGGAGUGUCUGGUGUGUUCUGGUCCAUGGGGUCACGAAGAGUCGGACACGACUAAAUGACUAAACAACAGCAACAACAUGUUAGAAACAUAGAUUGUCUUCAUCACCAUGACAGACUAACCAAAGUCCAACCUUGGACCCUAGAGCUAGAGCAUCUGUGUACAUAAAGUGUAUAUAAUCUAGCAAUUUUUUAAAGGAUGCGGUAGAACUGUGCCAGAAUUAGUAAAACCCAAAAGCAUAUAGUACACAAAUGCCAGACACUAUUCCUUCAGAGUCUGCAUUCCAAAUACAUCAUCAUAAAUGACCACUGAUCUCUACAUAAAUGGCACUCCCUGACCCUGUUAAGAUUUAAUUUGCUACUACAUGUGCAUCAGUGCCAUAGCUGGCGAGGUGAAUUAUGCUUCUGUCCUUCUCCCUCCUCAGCUUUAUGAAUCUACCCUGCACGCUUUUGCCUUUUCCUAUUCCAUGCUUGGAGAGGAAAUUCAGCUUCACUUCAUCAUCCCUAAGUCCAAGGAGCACCAUUUUGUCUUUAGUCAUCCGGGAAGACAGCUGGAGAGUAUGAGAUUGCCUCUUGUCACUGAUACGGUAGGUAAAUAUCAAUGUGAGCCAUGCACAGACCUUGUUUUGCAUUCGUACGGGGCCAUGAUAUAAAUUUCCUUCCCUGGGUUGGCUCUGCUUCUGGAUAAUGAUAAAAAUACCCUGCUUUUCUUUCUGUAUAAUAUCUCUGCUGCGCAGGAAGACAGCAUGCAAACUGUCCAGUACUGAAAUAGGCCUUUAGCAGAGCUGCAGAGCUCUUUGGAGCAUGUUUUAGGAUCACCAAAGAGACAAAGCUCCCCAUAUCUUUUGAGAUGUGCAUCAUCAAACUAUGCAAAGUUGUAAAAUGUAACUGCCAGGAGAACUGCUUGCCGAUGGUCUCAAGAAGAGAAACUCUUUUUUUAUACUGACUUUAGCCGGAUAGCUCAGUUGGUUACAGCAUGGUGCUGACAACGCCAAGCUUGCAGGUUUGAUCUCCGUAUGGGACAGCUGCAUAUUCCUGCAUUGUAGGGGUUUGGACUAGAAUGACCCUCCAGGGUCCCUUCUAUGAGAUAUCUACCUUGAAGGCAAUGGUGUAGUAGAGGAGAGAAGGAGUGAUGGGCAGGGACAAAGUGGCACCCCUUAUUUCACAGCAGGGAUGACGACUUCCUCUUCCUCGGGUACAGUUUGCCAGUCCUCUGCCUGCCAAAUAAAUAGGCUUUUUAUUGGAGAGACACCCAUCCAUAAGCUAAGCAUAUGGAAUAUUACAUUAACAUGCAUGGCUAAGCAUUGCACCGCCACUUCUUUUUGGGGGAAAUUAUGAAGACCGUUUAUUAUUACCACCUGCAAUGUCACAGAAAACAGGAAACUUUUGAGUCUACCAUAAUAUUUCGUCAGGCUGAAAAUUAAGCCAAGCGGGAGGACAGGAGAUGGGGGGGGGGGGAGUUUGGUAUUGAAGCCAUAGUGUCUGGAUUGGUCAAAGUUCAGUUUUGUUGUAUAAUUCUAAAAGGGUUUAAGGGCUUCGUUAUGAAGAGCACUUCAGAAUUUAUUACUUCGCUCUGCUCGGUGUCAUGACAUUGUUAACUGUACAGUCCCUAUCCCUUGAAGGAGGAUAGAGGAUGGUGGAAUCAUUGCCACGCUCAGUUCUCCCAAGGCAAACCACCCCUGCUUCCUUCACACACCUCUCUGGCCUUUGGGUUGGCAGCUGGGCAACCAAAUGCUCUUCAGAGGGCCCCGAGAUCUCAGUUCAUUUGUCUCAACCUGGGGUUGUAUCAAAUUGCGCCUCUUCGAUCCAGCAGAGGCUUCCAUGACACAAAAGUGGGGUGUUCAGUACAAAAUUCCUGAAAUACUCAUCCAACAAUGAAUGCGAUAAGUCAAGUGAUCCAGGCAUUUACAGCCAUACCUCGGGUUGAAGUAGCUUCGGAUGAAUAUUUUCAGGUUGCGCUCCGCGGCACCCUGGAAGUAACGGAGUGCGGUACUUCUGGGUUUCGCUGCUUGUGCAUGUGUGGAAGCGGCGAAUUGCGGCCCGCGCAGACGCAUGGACGCGGGUUGCGUUCGCUUCUGGAUGCGAACGGGGCUCUGGAAUGGAUCCCGUUUGCAUCCAGAGGUACCACUGUAUUUCAUUUCAUUUCAUUUGGUUUCUCAUGAGCGUACUUAAAUUUUUAGCUAGCAGGUAAGCUGUUCAGCUUUGUGUAAAUUGCUGGAAACCUGUUGAUUACAAUGAAACAAUGCCAGUAUAUUUAGUUGUUGACCCUCCUCUCUCUCUAGCUUUUUUGUUGUUGCUCCUUAUAUUAACCACCAUAAUAACACAGAUUCCUAACUUUAUAGAGCCAAGAUUAUAUAAAGAGCCCUACUUUUACUCCCACAACUGGACGUCACGAACAUGGACUUUUUAACCUUUACCAUGCAAUGGAUGGGGCCAGCCACUUGCACGUCCUAGUCGUCAAAGAGUACGAAAUGGCAAUAUAUAAAAAAUACUGGCCCAAUCACAUCAUGCUUGUUCUGCCAAGUAUUUUCAACAGUGCUGGAGUGGGUAUGUAUAUGGUGAAAUUCUCUGCUGUGUGAAUGCAGUGAGGUCUAAAUCGCAUGAAUUUUUUGCAUAAUUAAAUAAAGCCUUGGUUGGUUAUAGGAGUGGCUUGCGUGAUGGGAUGGAACCAAAACGAUAGCCUCCUGGCACCUUUUUGGAGGGGAACGUAAGAACGAAUUAAGAGCCUGGCUGCUGGAUCAGACCAGUGGCUCACCUAGUUCAGUAUUCUGUUCUCACAGUGGCUAACCAGCUGCCUAUGCGAAAUUUUCAAACAGGGUAUCAAAGCGGAUUGUGAAAUAUCAAAACAAGCAUGGAUAAAACAAUAAUCCACCAUUGAAACACAAUCACCAGGCUAAAACAGUGUCAAAGUGCAGGAACGCAAAGAGUCAAAAGCAACACGCAAUAGAUUAAAAUCGGCAACAACAGAAUCAAAAGCUUAUUUAAAUAAAAAUGUAUUCAGAUGCCAGCAAAGCACAAAACAGAGAGGAAGAUAAUCUUACCUCGCCCUUCAAUAUGUCAAAACGACAUACGCAUAUUCAAAUUUAAUCAAGUAAUGAAUCAACUAAAAGGCAGGUGCUUAAUCACUAAGCAAUGCCAUCAUUUACAUGGCUACUCAGAAGUAAGCCCAUUGCAUUUAGUAGGACUUACUUCCAGGUUUUAGUCUAAAAAUACUUGAAUUUGCUGUCAGCCUUAGAAUAAAGCAAAGUUGAGUGUGUGGGAUAGUGAUACAGCAAAAGAUUUCUAGAUAAAAUGUUGAUUUCAGUUCUCCCGUUACAGUGUGUGAUUUGCUUCUCUCUUUUUAGGCGCUGCUCACUUCCUAAUAAAAGAACUGUCCUACCACAAUCUGGAGCUUGAGCGAAAUCGGCAGGAGGAGCUAGGCGUUAAGCCUCAAGACAUCUGGCCUUUCAUCAUCAUCUCUGACGACUCCUGUGUCAUGUGGAAUGCUGUAGAAAUGGAUUGCUCAGGUGACAGAAAAAGGUAAAGGGCGGUUUCUUUGGGAUGGCAUAUUCACUGGGCUUCCUCGAGCAAUCAGAUUUUGAACUGUUUCUCUGGCCCCUUGCAGCGAAUACACAUGGACUGAAAGGAACAUUUCCUUGAAGCAAAUUCUUCAGCACAUUGAAUCAACUCCGGAUGUCACCCACUAUGCCUUGAUUGGGAUGAGGAAGUGGUCAAGUAAAACCAAGAGCAGAGAGAUCAAGGAGCCGUUCUCUUGCUGCCAUGUUCACGAUUUUAUCAUGCUGAACGUGGACCUAACGCAGAACGUUCAGUAUAACCAGAACAGGUGAGGCAAGGCUGAUGAAGUAGAUUUUUGUCUCUGAUAGCAUAAGCCACACUAUAUUUGAUAGUCCCUAAGAAGCUAUAGGGACGCGGGUGGUGCCGUGGGUUAAACCACAGAGCCUAGGAUUUGCCGAUCAGAAGGUUGGCGGUUCGAAUCCCCGCGACGGAGUGAGCUCCCGUUGCUCGGUUCCUGCUCCUGCCAACCUAGCAGUUCGAAAGCGCGUCAAAGUGCAAGUAGAUACUUGCUUUUAGUCUGUAUUCAGUUGACAGUGAACAGUUUUAACUGGUGUGUGUGGGGGUGUCUUUUAGUUUUUAUAUGAUUGUGUUGGUGUCAAUAUUCAUUUAUUUCUGUUGCUUCGCUUGAUUAAUAUCGUAAGUUUAUAUUUUGACAUAUUGCUAAUUCUUCUUUUGAUGUGCCGUCAAUUCUUCCUUUGCACAUCGCCUACAGGCUUGUUGCACAAGGCAACGGAGAAACAUAACUAAUAAAAGGAAAUAAACAGGGCCAAACUAGAUGUGAUGAUUAAUGUGUCUUUGCAUUUAACUUGCAUGUUAAAACAAAUGCAAAUGGCAGUUCUUAAGGGAGGUGACAAUUAUCAGGAUCUUGGCAGGUGGCGAGGAGGAAGUUUUUACUUUUCCUCUCCUGCUGUGGUCCUGAUGAAAAUAGCUUCUUUGAAUCCCUCACUGGCAUCAUGUGCAAAAGUUUUCAAUAUCACACCUGGUUUAUUUAAUUUAGAAAAAAAUAUAUAAACAGCUUAUCUAUGUGGGGCUUGGUCCUUAAUCUCACAGCGGCACUGCCUGCCAGAGCACUGAUACCCCUUUUCUGUCAAAUGUCACGCUUGAACCAGUUUCCUUGAUGUCUUGGUUUACACUCUUCCUUUUAAAACCGUAUCCACCAUUGCGAUUUCCGUGCAAUUUGAAACACUUCAGCUAAUGAAGGCCUAUUGCUUCUUGCAUUCUGUGUCCCCUCCGCCUGACAGGUUUGUGUGUGACGAUGUGGACUUCAACCUGCGUGCCCACAGCGCUGGCCUCCUGAUCUGUCGCUUCAACCGAUUCAGCGUCAUGAAGAAGCAAAUUGCCGUUGGCGGGCAAAGGUCCUUUCAUAUUAAGUCAAAGGUCAGAAUUCGGAAAUUUCUGCGAAAUCUCCCACUUUUUGUUUCGUUCUUAUAAUACAGUGGGGCGGUGGGGGGAAAGAAAGGAAAGACUUUGGCGCAACGGGCAAAGUCACUCAUUUGUGCAUGUCAGCUUGUUUUCAGUUUUCAUUGGGAAUAUAUGAAACAGAUAGAUCCUGUUCAGCCUUUCCAAACCUCCCAUGAUGAGGGAGGAUGCAAACUCUUAUCUGCUCUGUUUCAUCCUCCUCACCUGCCAUGCUGCCCUCUAUGUUUUAGAGCAGCCUUUCUCAACCUGUGGGUCCCCACAUGUUGUUGAACUACAACUCCCAUCACCCCUAGCUAGCAAGGCCAGAGCUCAGGGAUGAUGAGAGUUGUAGUCCCACAACAUGUGGGGACCCACAGGUUGGGAACUGCUGUUUUAGAGGAUGAUAGUCUGCUGUGGGGAGAGCCUUUGUAUUUAUUUAGAAUCCAGAUUAUGCAGGUCACAGCAAAGAAGAAGAACGAUAAGCAUUAUUUUAUCGUUGUUUUUCUUUGUUGCAUGCUCUGUAGCAAUUGAUAAGAAGCUUAUUAUUUGAGAAGUUGUUGUUUUUGUAAGUGUAUACAGUGAUACCUCAGGUUAAGUACUUAAUUCAUUCUGGAGGUCCGUUCUUAACCUGAAACUGUUCUUAACCUGAAGCACCACUUUAGCUAAUGGGGCCUCCUGCUGCUGCCGCGCCGCUGGAGCACGAUUUCUGUUCUCAUCCUGAAGCAAAGUUCUUAACCUAUUUCUAUAAGCACUAUUUCUGGGUUAGCGGAGUCUGUAACCUGAAGCGUAUGUAACCCGAGGUACCACUGUACCAUUCCAGGAAGAGGCUGGUCCCCCCCCAAAAGCCUGAGUGAUUCUUAGAGGGGAGGCCGGUAGCUUCAUGCUAGGACACCAGCACUGCUUGCAGAAGCUGCCAGGUUCAGUCCCCAGCACCUCCAGGUAGGCCCAGUCUGAAAUCCCGUAGAGGUCCAGCCCGUGAGUGUGGACAGUACUGAGCUGGACAGAUGCAUGGUCUGACUCAGAACAAGUCCGCUUCCUGUGUCUCCCUAUGAAUGGUUCUUAAGUGGUAGUGACACAAGUAAGGGCCUGUGCUGCUGAAGUCAAAACUCUCAUCGGUAGGACAUUCUCCUGCUGACACAUGCUUAAUUAGAAGGGCACAUGCAUCCAAAUGAUGUGAAGCCAGAUCGUACAAGGUUCUAAGUCACGUGGGGAAAGCUGUGCCUGAGCGGAGGCUCCCCACUGCAUAGCUUCACCACACCCCACACCCUUAAUACAUGGAGAGCAUUGUGGCCAGGUGGCAGGGAAAUGGUGGAGGGCAUGGAUGAUUUAGCAGGAGGUUGGACUAGAUGACCCAUGGGGUCCCUUCCAGCUCUGCAGUUCUAUGAUUCUAUAGGCCAGCUAGUCAUGUCUUCUUCACUCUCCCCUCUUUGCUAUACUAAUCGAGAGAGGUCUUGAGCCAGUGUGGUGUAGUGGUUAAGAGUGGUAGUCUCGUAAUCUGGGGAACUGGGUUCGCAUCCCCACUCCUCCACAUGCAGCUGUUGGGUGACCUUGGGCUAGUCACACUUCUCUGACGUCUCUCAGCCCCACUCACCUCACAGAGUGUUUGUUGUGGGGGAGGAAGGGAAAGGAGAAUGUUAGCUGCUUUGAGACUCCUUUGGGUAGUGAUAAAGUGGGAUAUCAAAUCCAAACUACUACUUCUUCUUCUUCUUCUUCUUCUUGAAGACCUGAACAGGACCUUAUAUUUGGUUGUUUUUUAUUAGAAGAAUUUCUAAAAAAGAUAUAGAGUGAGAAAAGAAAGAAAGAAUGAGAAUGAAGGGGGGGGAUAUUGUUAUGUUAUCAUACGUUAAUAUACAGAUGUGUAUAUUAUCCUUAUACACAUAUAAUUGUCAGUAACCUAAUACAUUCUGUGUAAAUUCACUCCAAAUAUCAUUGUAUUUAUCCAAAGGAAGUCUGUGGUCUAUAAGCUGUCGACCCAUAUGUGGCCAGCGUUGUCACUGGUGUUAAUUGUAUUAACCUUUAGGGAGCUUUCACUUGCGUUUUUAAUCUAAAUGUCACACUCCCCCUGUAUGGCGCGUCCCUUUUAGGUAUCGGAUAACCCCGUUUCGAUUGCCCCGGCUCAGUACAUAUGCGCUCCCGACAGCAAACACACCUUCUUGGCUGCUCCUGCUCAGCUGCUGCUCGAAAAAUACCUCCAGUAUCACAGCCAUCGCUUCUUUCCUCUCUCGCUGAAGAACUACAGCCAUCCAGUGCUAUCCGUGGAUUGCUACCUUAAUUUGGGACCCCAGGUAAUGCAUUUUGUUUGUUUGUUGAGCAUGAUAGACAGCUUCCUUUGUCUCCCCGUGCAUGAUUAUUAAGUGGUCCAAGUGAAAGCAUGUGCUUCAGCAAUUAAAACUCUUAUCUGUAGAACGUUCUCCUGCCAACGCAUAUUUAAGUGGAAAAGCACAUGUGUCAAAGUGGAUCAGGUUCCAGUGCCGGUGCAAGGAGGAUGAGCUGUUCCUUCAUGCUCCUCUGAGGAACCUCAUGCACAUGCUAUGAGCUGCAGCUUCAGUGCCAUGUGGCUUUGGGAAAGGCCAUCACUUACAGUUGUGAUGGGGCAAAACAGAUUUUAUUUUAUUCUGCCGUACUCCCUUCCUCUUCCCCCCACCAGCAGACAUUCAGAACCCUCUCAACGAAAAAGAAAAACCCAGAAGAAACCAAAGUUGGGAACAACCCAAUACCCCUUCGCCUCCAAGGUUUACUUAGAAUGCCAUGGAGAGAUGGACUGGGAAGUCCUAGGAAAAGGGAUAAUAUAUAGAUAUUGGAUGAUGAUAAUGAUGAUGAUGAUGAUGAUGAUGAUUUAUUACUUAUACCCCACCCAUCUGGCUGGGUUUCCCCAGUGUAUAUGUCAUAAAAAUGCAUAAAUGAUUUUUUGAAAAAUAAAACAAAUUUUAUUUUAUUCACCACAAUAACCCCCAAAUGGCAUACAUUUGCUACGAAAGAGUCACACAGCGUUUCAAAAUGUUCAUAUUAUAAAUGGUUGCAGAUAUUUCUUUGGGCGCGGUAGUUUGAUCAUGCUAAAAUUAGCUGUGCUUCAGACUGAGGGGACUAUAAUACCUGCCUUUGUUCCCCUUGCAAUCAGAUUGCAGUUUGCUAUGUCAGCUCCCGACCUCAUUCUCUGAAUGUGACUUGCUCUGAUAUGAUAUUCAGUGGACUACUGCUGUACCUCUGUGAUUCCUUUGUGGUAGCAAGCUUCUUGAAGAAAUUCCACUUUCUGAAAGGUAAGAACCAAGUAUUGCUGACACACCAAGCUAUGACUUGUUUCUGACAUCUUUGCUGUGAGAAAGAGGGCGGAGGGGACAUUCUGAUCCAUGCCUAACUAACAUUUGUAGAUAUAUUGAUGCCAGUUUUGUUUUUGUUUUAGUUAUUUAAAAUAUUUUGAUGUCAUAAAAUGAACAGGUCGGAAUUUUGUGCCACCAUCACUCCCAUUCACAACCUUGCUGCGGUUGGGAAGACUUGUAUGUGUGAUCCAUAAAAAAGCUGUCUUCUACCAGGUCAAACUAUCUAGCCCAAGGUUCCCCAAUCUUUGGGUCUCCAGCUGGUUUUGGACUACAACUCCCAUCAUCCGUGACCACUGCUCCUGCUAGCUAGGAAUGAUAGGAGCUGUAAUCCAAAAACAGCUGGAGACCCAAGUUUAGGAAACCAUAAUCCAGCCCAAUUCUUGUUCUGGCAGAUGCUCUCUGAGGUCUGAAGCCAAAGUCUUUCCCAUCACCUACCUCCCCACCUUUUGAAGUGGAAAUACCAGUGACUGAACAUAAACAAACAUUUUUCUGGCAUUCAAAAUCCAGCAAACAUUAAGAAUUCAGAUUUGCAUCCUUGGUGCCAAACAUAAUGCUUAUGAGAAAGAGGAUCUCCUGGGAAAAGGGGCUGUUCUGUGCUGGGACAGAUAUUGCCUGGGGAGAAGGAAAAUGUUUAGCAGGAACCAGGGCAUGGCACAAGGCUAAGUAUUCACUCCAGUUGUCAGCAAGAGCUCUGAGUGUUCCAAAGAUAAUUUCAUAAUGCCUUACUCAACAAAGGGAGGAAGAUUUAAUAGGAGUAAUUACUUUGCAAAUGGGGGAAAGUGUGAUUCCAAUCCUAUGGCAGAUGUGGGCAGAAGGAGGGGCACAUUAGCCAGUUUCCAGUGGAACCCCUGGAAGUUGUGAGCAAAAAACCCUGGGCGGUCUAUCCCCUUUAAGACUGCUUUCCCGCUUUGAAUGGCACUUGUUGUUUUAAAUUGUUAUUUAAUUGAGAGGUUAGAUUUUAGGCCUAUGUUGCUAUCUAUACUGACCUUAUUGUUGCAUGGAAGCAUAGAAUUGUAGAGUUGGAAAGGACCCUGAGGAUCAUCUAGUCCAACCCCCUGCAAUGCAGGAAUAUGCAGCUGUUCCAUAAGGGGAUUUGAACCUGCAACCUUGGUGUUAUCAGCACCACACUCUCACCAACUUAGCUAUCCUGGCUGCAACUCAAUUUUAUUUGCAGUUAUGCACUCUAUGAUUGUAAGCCACUUGGGGCCUCUCCAAAUGUUCUUUUCAUCACUCACUCAUGAUUACCGUAUUUUUCGCUCUAUAAGACGCACCCGACCAUAAAACGCACCCAGUUUUUAGAGGAGGAAAACAAGAAAGCAACGCCAAGCCUCUUGAGCAAAGAGGCAGGAGCGCUCCCGUUGCGCUCAAGAGGCUUUGUGUUGCUUUCACUGAAGCCAGAAGAGCACCGAUCGGUGCGCACCGAUCCCUCUUGCUCUUCUGGCUUCUGGGAUAGCUGUGCAGCCUCUUCAGGGCAGCGGGAUGAAGGCUCCCCACUGCCCUGAAGAGGCUGCGUGCGGCUAAGCCAGAAGCUAGAACAGCGAGAGGGAGUGCUGCGCAGCGAUCCCUCUUGCUGUUCUGGCUUCUGGCUUAGCCGCGCAGCCUGCAUUCGCUCCAUAAGACGCACACACAUUUCCCCUUACUUUUUAGGAGGGAAAAAGUGCGUCUUAUAGAGCGAAAAAUAUGGUAUUUGUGCCCAUGAUGCUAUCAGGCAGAAUAAAUCCACUGUUGAUGCACUAUUAACUGUUGCAGAAUAUACCUGCAAUAAAACACCAUUCCGGGAGGCCUUUGCAGACAGUUUUUUUUUGGAGCAGGAAAUAUAGAAAGUGAUGCACACAUGACAAAAACAACAGCAACCAACAACCUAUAAUAAUGAUAAUUUCCACAGGUGCCACUUUAUGUGUCAUAUGCCAAGACAGGAACUCGCUGCGCCAAACAGUCGUCCGACUGGAACUCGAAGACGAAUGGCAAUUCCGACUGAGAGACGAGUUCCAAACAGCCAACGCCAAAGAAGACAAGCCCCUCUUCUUUCUGACGGGACGGCACAUUUGAUGGGAAAUGAUCACGUGGCAUAAGAAGUUGUCUUUUCUCUGACCAAAUAAAAUGAGUUGCAUGAAAGAAAAGAGGGAGGGGGCAAGGAGAACUGAGCUGUUUACACGAUGUUUGCAAAAGAAGCUGCUUCGUAGGAACAAAAGUUAGGCAAUUUUGAAAUAUUUGUAUUAAAGUUAUAUUUUAUUUGACCAAUUUAUGUUUAUAAUUCCAAACUUUUGUUCGUACCCUUUUUGUAAUUUAAUGAACUUGAGAAAGUAACUCCCGUUAUAUUGAGGAUGGAGCUACUGCGUAAUAUUUCUGUUGUUUCCCCCUUUUUUGUUUUUGCUGUAUAUAUUAUACAAACUGUUUUGGAACCAGACACUUGUGACACAGCUUCAAAAUUAUGAGAUGUAGAUGUAGAUUCUCUCCUCCGUGUUUUUGUAAACCUAGGGUGCCAGUGUAGUAAAAAGAAAAGGAAGUUUCAUUCUUAGAAAAUUGCUACUGAUUAGCAAAUAUAGCAUUGCUGAUCUGCUCUAUGUAGAGUGCUAAAGGCAAAAUUAACUGGGAUGUUCCCCAGUGCAUACCCCAUGGAAAUGAAUGGAAUGUGCUCAAGAGCAUUCAUUUCAUGACAGGUAUACAUAGGAGAACAUCCCAGUGGAGAGUGCCUUAUAUACGUAUUAUAAUGAAAGCUUGCUUUCCAUCCUAACCUCAGGACUGCUGGCUGCUUUGCAUAAUUUUUAAGAGGCAGACUUUUUGUAAUAUGUAGAAAUGUAUUAUAGUGACCUUUUCUGAUUUAUUGAGAAUAUUGAAAGCGGACGGUUGGAGUUGUUUUUAAAAGUCUGAAUGUUUUAGUAGGUAGAAAAGCGUCUGAAUGAACUGGUGAUUAGUUAAAGGAAGUGUUAAUAUCAAAUUGUUUUUUAAAAACAGAUGGUUUGUUGCACUGCCCAUCCUAAGACAUCUCAGGUUUGCUGUGCAAAUAAAAACAACACCUAGGGUGCAUUUAAUAGUUCUCUGAUAUUUAACAGCGCCCCUCAUUAAGUGGUUUCUUGUUUGGGGUUUGAGGUUUCUUUUGUGGGAAUACAUAGAAAUCAGUCCAUCAGUAAAACUUUUCAAAAAUAAUGGUGAGGUAAUACCUUAAUUUUGAGUAUAACCAACUAAAGCAUCACAAAAUAUUUGUCAAGCUUUCAAGUAUCUCAGAGCUUUUUUCAGCUGGAUGUUAAACAAAACAAGUGUCCCCUUUUCGCCUUCCCCAAAAUUGGGAAGAGGGAUUGGGGGGGGGAGGGCCUAAGGGUUAAAUACCAUCUCCCCACUCACUUGACUCCUGGUCAUGAUUCCCUCGCCAACUUUAGAAAAGAAAUGGAUAAGAAGAAAUGCUAUUGGAAACAGAAUGAUGAAAGUUGAUUCUCCAAGAGGAAAGAAGGGCCAUAGAGAAGGAAAUGGCUGGAGCCAUCUAUACCAGCCCCAAACCUACUGCACCUGCUAUCUUUUCACUAUACUAAAAAAAGGGGGGAGUUUCUGAGCUUGUGGGGAGGGGAAGCAAACAGGGGAAAGGUGUUUUGAUCAUGAUACCAUGCCCCAUAAAAAGAAAAGCAGCCUUGAUUUGAUUAGAUAGUGCUGGAUGCAAAACGGGUUGCAGAUUGAACCAAGAGGUACUGAGACAAAGAGGCAAUGGCUGUCCCAUCCCUGAAACUGUAGAAGUUAGCAGUGGUUCAGAUCUGCCUCUUUCACUAAGUGGAACACAUAGAGCCAGUAAGGGGCCAUGCAGUGGGGCAGAGCUGCAGAACCACCUUCUUGACACUGGUACUGUCACUGCUUACCUGGUUGGGGACGGGUUGGAAGGUGGCACGGUUGGGGGCAUGUGAGUGCAGCAGUAGGGGCAUUCCUGAACAUGCCCCCCUCACCACCUUAGUUAAGCAGCAGCAAUGCCAGUAUUGGGAGGGCAGUUCCACUCUACCACAUGUGCCGUAAUUGUGCAGAUCCUUUGUAAGGCAAAGAGCACAAGUAAGAGGGAAAUUAGCGGGAAACUAAUUUUGGGCUAAUUUCGAAUCCCUGCGACGGGGUGAGCUCCCGUUGCUCAGUCCCUGCUCCUGCCAACCUAGCAGUUCAAAAGCACGUCAAAGUGCAAGUAGAUAAAUAGGUACUGCUCCAACAGGAAGGUAAAUGGCAUUUCCGUGCGCUGCUCUGGUUCACCAUCAUUGCAGUGACUUGGAUCCUCAACUUUUGCAUCCUCCUUUGGUUCCUGAGAGGAGGGAGAGGGCUGAGGCAACAUGCCUUGAUUUUACAUAAACCUGUAGAUAUUUUUAAAAUGCUCUUUCAGUUUGACUGUGUGUCUCUUCCCCACCCUGGCAGCCACUGUUGUUAUAGAAUAUAGCCAAAGUUUGGGUUUUUCCUACAUGGUCAAAUCUUUUCUGUAGGAACUUUCCCCCCCAAAAGGAGUAAUGUAACUCGCCUUCUCAGAUCCCAUGUUUCAGAUCUGCUCUUACUGAGUCAGAGGGAAGACAAUGGCAUGGUUCCUCAUCUAGGAUAUUGGCGUAACAAUAAAGAAAAGAAAUCCCUGUUCCUUCCUAAUGUAUUUAUUAAGGGUGCUGGGGGUGGUUAGGACCAUCUAGACAAGUACCAUUGAUCCUAUUGUCACAUAUGAAAGAGCCUUCACAGUCAUUGCAUGGUUCUGACACCUAUUUCAUGUUGUAAAUUCUCAGAGCUGGUGCAGUAGGCUUGGUCCAAUAAAAUUGGAGUUUCUUACUUGGCAGCAUCUAGCCCAAGGGGGAAAAUGAAGGGUCUCCCCCAAAGCUCACUAUAAGUCAAUGAACAUUGACAGCUUUAGGUUUUGCCUGCUCGGAUGAAAUGUUAUGGGUGGUGACUCUUCCACCUUAUAAAAAUGGUCAUGUGGAAGUCUAAUGGCUUGCUUUCAUUUGAGGCUUAGACUUGGAAGAAUGAGCCUGCCACCGUGCCGCAGAUGGAAGUAGGAAUACCCUGGGGUAACAGGGCAUACCUCACAAUGCACCAACUCAUGGGAGGGAGGACCAAAACUAUGUCCAUGUGGUAGCUACUCUAUCUAGCAAGCUGCUUUUGAUCCCAUCCUGAUCAGCUUAUGUAAUGUGAUUUGUCUUUUGUCUGGUUUGGUUACUCAGUUAAUAAACAUUUUCAGUUUUGGCUUUUGAA